GGGGUGAAGCCUGCCAGCUACAACAAGGUUGUGGAUCCUGAAAUCAAGGAGAUUAUUGGCGAGUGCAUCUGCCAAAAGAAAGAGGAGCGGUGAGUGACUGUACACCAAGGUGCCCCACCGUUCUUCCGCACCUCGCCUCACCUGCCCACGUCCUAUCACCACAGCGAUGGUAGUCGGGGCUCUCAACAACAUUGCAAGCUCCCCUCCCGAUCUGUAGGGUGGCCUCUGCUAAGUUGAAUAAUAAUUGGUUUGAUACAGAGGAGAAAAUAUCCCUUAGAACCCCCUCUGUGGCAUGUUUUCAUACUGAGGUUUUUGUGUGCUGUGCUCUCUGUCCUUGUCCUGGCAGCUAAUAAACGGAGGGUAUUCUUAGAUGAGGGCUUAUCCUGUUCUUAUGGCUGUGUCCAGACGGGAACACUGAAAACGUUGGUGCUCAGCAGAGCCUUUGUUUUUCAGCUCCUGCAUGACAUAACUACUGAAUUAGGCUAGAUUCAUUGGGUCACUUUCGUCUCAUUAAUUUAUAUUUAAUUUUGGCCUUAUCUCUAAAAUGACAACAGACGGUCACAGUUGGUGCCAUGCCAUGUUAUCACAGUGGUGAAGGGUUGUUUUUCUUGUUCCUUUCUCCAAGGUACUCCAUAAAGGACCUGCUGAACCAUGCCUUCUUUGCGGAGGACACAGGGGUGCGGGUGGAGCUGGCCGAGGAGGAUGAUGGGAAGAAGGCAGCCAUCGCCCUAAAGCUGUGGGUGGAAGACCCCAAGAAGCUGAAAGGGAAGUACAAGGAGAGCGGAGCGAUUGAGUUCACCUUUGAACUGGAGAAAGAGACCCCAGAGUGCGUGGCCCAAGAGAUGGUAAGAUGGAUGGUUGAUUAUAUGGGUGGAUUUUAGCAUUAGACUGGUUGAACAGACAUUCCAAUCCAAGGUGGCAUAUGAAUUUGACUUGAAUAAGAAUAUAUUUUAGAAUUUCUGAUUCUUUGAUCCUCAUCACAAUAUUUCUCAAGUCAGUGUUUUUGUCAUUAUUCAUCAAAUGUAACCAUGUUGGGUUACUUGUUGUGUAGGGCAGCAGAGGACUGUGUGGAGUCCAGGCAGACAGUGUGCCAACAGUGCUCCGAUCUCAUCAGGGAACGUGCCCUCAUGCAGAUUGGCAUUGAUACACUUAGCACUUCCAGGAAUCCAGUGAUUGGGGUUUUAUUUGUUCUUUCUGUUUACUUGUUUUUGUCCAACGAAUGUCCACCAUCAGAUAAGAGCUGGUCAUACCUUGUGAUAAAACACUGGGCCAGAGAGGCAGCAUAUUUAUCUCUUUGUACUUAAUUAACCCAGCGAUAAGAUUAGAGUGCUCAGGCCCUUGGUGUGGUUUUAUCUUUCUGAUGGACCCAGCUACUGUUUUCUCCUGCAGAUUGUUCUCAGACCCCACAUCUAACUUGUUUCAGACUUUGUCCAAGCUGUUUAAGUGUAAACAGGUAUGGGCUUUAUACCAGGUUGAGGAGCACUGGGCUAAAACACUGCCUCUGUAGUGAAAAUAGAGAUCGCCUCACUGGAUGCCUGCAGAUGGCGAACAGGGUUAUAGAGUGCAAAAGUAGAGUAGUGGAUUCGGCUGUUUCAGUCACACCCGUUGCUGACAGGUGUAUAAAAUCAAGCACACGGCCAUGCAAUCUCCAUGACAAACAUUGGCAUUAGAAUGGCCUUACUGAAGAGAUCAGUGUCUUUCAACGUGGAACCGUCAUAGGAUGCCACCUUUCCAACAAGUCCUCAACCCAUCGAACACCUUUGGGAUGAAUUGGAACGCUGACUGCGAUGAUUUUGGAAUGAGAUGUUCGAAUAGGUGUCCACAUACUUUUGGUCAUUUAGUGUACCACUGUGGUGUUAAUUGUAGAAAAGGAUAAGUUUUGGCCUGGGUUAACUCUGUCUGUUUGUCCUCUUCUGUUGUGUCCUGACUUUUCAAAACAGCCAUGAGCAGACUUGUCUUUAUUUGUAUUCUUCUUCAUAUCUCAUUGUGAAGGUCACUAGAGAUGUGCCUGGUUUGAAUCUCUCUUCUCGUGCCUCAGCAUCACUGUCUAUUCCGUCAAGUCAGGAUGAACAUCCACUAACCAUUGUCAUUGUGUUUGACCAUGUCUGGGUGACCUGCAUUUUAUUGUUGUCUGUGUUUGUAUUAGUGAGCUCAUGUGUUUCUGUAUGGUGUUUUUAAGCUGUAAAUAUAGUGUUUAUUUUACCCUGUAGGCUAUUUGUGUGAGUGGGACAGGCUUGGGUUUGUGUGUGCUUUACCAUAGUUUUGUGUGUGUUCAGUUUGUUAAGCUUUGCUUUUGUUAAUGGGCCAGGCUGUCGUGAGUGUUCAUUUCUGUUGUGAAUGGGUCAGGCUGCAGUGCUUAGUGUUACUGAGAGUCAGGGCCAUCGAUUAUUUUGUCAGACAGCAAGCUGACCUGCUUUCCUCCCUCCAUCUCUCAAUGCUGGAGACAUUUUAAAGUCUUGCUGUAACGGUCGUUUUUGAGGAGAGAGGGAGAAUGUGGCCCACAGUACAAUGAGGAUGCACUGUCGGCACUCCCCAUCUCCAAUCACCCCUUGUCCCACUUCAAUGACUAAUUUCUCUACAGACGUGCACCAUGGGAGAUGUAGUUUAUCUUCAUCGAUGGGGCUCUUGUCUCCGGUCGUGCACUCUGCUACUCAGCGAGUGGAAACGAUGCCUCCUUAGGCUUCUUUGGUUUCUUAUUCAGGGCAUGGUUUAUGACAUGUUUUAUUCAGUUUUGUGUUGAUUAAAUGACUACAUAUUAAAUUACUGUGAACAACGGUCUUAAAAGCAAAAUUAUCGUAUUGUUAAAGAUAUGGGACACGUACUCAAUGAAAUUAAUACAUUUGCCAGCCUGUGCCAAAACAGAAAGCAUUUUGAAACGUUUUAUGGCAGGUUCAGGCCAUAAUUCCUAUUUAAUUCCAAACCUCCUUAAAAAAAAAACUCCUUAUUUUACACUUCCAUCUCUUCCCAUGGUCUAAAUCAAGGGUCGGCAACAGGCCAAAACCGCCCUGCUAGUUCUUUUAAUUUUAUGAAUUUUUUUGGUGGCCCCCCCCCCCUAAGUUUUUAGUAAACACUAAAUUAUAACAGCAAAAAAACAUUUAGGAAAUCUGUUCCCAAGUAUCCCCACAAAUAAAGAGCUGUGAUUGGUAUCAAGGUAUGAAAAGGUUAUUUUCAAAUACAAUCUCUGUUUGGUAGUGCUGAGCUUUUUGAGGUCGGUUCAGUUUCAAUAUUUUUUAAAACAUUAAAUGCUCUAUGCAUUAUGUGGGUUGAAUGCUGUAAACAACACAGAAUAAAACAAUUAAUAAAAGUCCCAUGAUGGUAGUGACUGCCCAUUACUACUUAUUAACUAUUUAUUCACAUUACUUUACUUUAAUAAAAUAUUUCAGUUGUGUAUAUUACAUGUAUUUUAUUUGAUGACUAUUAUUUCAUUCCAAGUCAUCUCAUCUCUAUAGAGCUUCUGCCUGUGCUGUCUGACAAAAUUACUAUUUUUUUAUUUUUAAGUAAAUAAGGCAUACGUUUAUGACUUUAUUUUCAAGUAGAGAGCAGUUGCUUCGGGAGUUCUCUUUCGAUCACGCAUUCUUCUGUUUUUUUCGUAGGAGGGUAAAAAACACAGACUGGACAAUGGAUUAUGGUCUUUGUAGUUAAUUACCACGUUUUCCUACUACAUCACACAGUUCGUGCUUGAUUGAAUUUAUCUCUAGAGAAACUGUGUAUUGUGCACAUUGAGUGCACAAAUAAAUGAUUGAACCGAUGUUAGUCAAUUAGUUGUUUAAAAACCAAAAAAUAACUGACAUUUCGGUUAAUCGCUCAGUACUGCUGUUUGGGCUUAAUUAUGGUCAAUUUGCAGUGUACAAAUUAUUAUAAAUAUGUUCCAGCCCCCCGACUAUUUGCUCCGAUUAAAAAUCGGCCUGCGGCUGAAUCUAGUUGCCUACCCCCUGGUGUUAAAUGCACCUGUCCUGUAUCCUGUCUUAUUCCACACAGAGGCAGACUAUUCUCUCUGAACCCUCUGAACCCAGCUGCUGACAGAGUAUUUUUUUCCCCAUCCUCAAAAUAGAUUCUCCAUCUCUUCCCCUUCCUGCUCUCUCUCCCUCUCUCUCUCUCGCUCCCUCCUCCCGUCUCUCUCCUGUUUUCUCUCCUCUUCCUCUAACACAUUGACUCUAAAAAUACUCUUCUUUCUACACUCCUCUCUCCCCGACAGGUGGAAUCCGGGUUCUUCCAUGAGAGUGAUGCUAAGAUCGUGGGGAAGUCUAUCCGAGACCGUGUAGCGCUGAUCAAAUGGAGGAGGGAGAGGACCGUAUCGGCCGGACCCCCAGUGGGCCAGGGAGAGGCAGGACUCGGGGCCCAGGCAGCCCCAGCCCAGGGGGCCUCUGCUGGGGCUACGCAAGCAGGACAGCCCCCUCUGCUGGAGCCUGAGGAGCCAGAGGCAGACCAGCACGCCAGGCUGUGUAACCUUCCGGCCAGCGCCACCUCUGUCACAUGUGAGACACCACUGACAUGAAACGUGUGAAACCCCACAAGACUUACACCUCCCCCUGUCACAUACACAUACAUUUGACACCGUGCUCUCUGUUUGUGUCACGCGGUGGAAUUGGUCUUUGACAGUAGAGUUUGUAUUAUACGGUGGUUUGUGCUUGUUUACAGUGGGGGAAAAAAGUAUUUAGUCAGCCACCAAUUGUGCAAGUUCUCCCACUUAAAAAGAUGAGAGGCCUGUAAUUUUCAUCAUAGGUACACGUCAACUAUGACAGACAAAAUUAGGGGAAAAAAUCCAGAAAAUCACAUUGUAGGAUUUUUUAUGAAUUUAUUUGCAAAUUAUGGUGGAAAAUAAGUAUUUGGUCAAUAACAAAAGUUUCUCAAUACUUUGUUAUAUACCAUUUGUUGGCAAUGACACAGGUCAAACGUUUUCUGUAAGUCUUCACAAGGUUUUCACACACUGUUGCUGGUAUUUUGGCCCAUUCCUCCAUGCAGAUCUCAUCUAGAGCAGUGAUGUUUUGGGGCUGUCGCUGGGCAACACGGACUUUCAACUCCCUCCAAAGAUUUUCUAUGGGGUUGAGACCUGGAGACUGGCUAGGCCACUCCAGGACCUUGAAAUGCUUCUUACGAAGCCACUCCUUCGUUGCCCGGGCGGUGUGUUUGGGAUCAUUGUCAUGCUGAAAGACCCAGCCACGUUUCAUCUUCAAUGCCCUUGCUGAUGGAAGGAGGUUUUCACUCAAAAUCUCACGAUACAUGGCCCCAUUCAUUCUUUCCUUUACACAGAUCAGUCGUCCUGGUCCCUUUGCAGAAAAAACAGCCCCAAAGCACCCAUGCUUCACAGUAGGUAUGGUGUUCUUUGGAUGCAACUCGGCAUUCUUUGUCCUCCAAACACGACGAGUUGAGUUUUUACCAAAAAGUUCUAUUUUGGUUUCAUCUGACCAUAUGACAUUCUCCCAAUCCUCUUCUGGAUCAUCCAUAUGCACUCUAGCAAACUUCAGACGGGCCUGGACAUGUACUGGGUUAAGCAGGGGGACACAUCUGGCACUGCAGGAUUUGAGUCCCUGGCGGCGUAGUGUGUUACUGAUGGUAGGCUUUGUUACUUUGGUCCCAGCUCUAUGCAGGUCAUUCACUAGGUCCCCCCGUGUGUUUCUGGGAUUUUUGCUCACCGUUCUUGUGAUCAUUUUGACCCCACGGGGUGAGAUCUUGCGAUCUCUCCAGAUCGAGGGAGAUUAUCAGUGGUCUUGUAUGUCUUCCAUUUCCUAAUAAUUGCUCCCACAGUUGAUUUCUUCAAACCAAGCUGCUUACCUAUUGCAGAUUCAGUCUUCCCAGCCUGGUGCAGGUCUACAAUUUUGUUUCUGGUGUCCUUUGACAGCUCUUUGGUCUUGGCCAUAGUGGAGUUUGGAGUGUGACUGUUUGAGGUUGUGGACAGGUGUCUUUUAUACUGAUAACAAGUUCAAACAGGUGCCAUUAAUACAGGUAAUGAGUGGAGGACAGAGGAGCCUCUUAAAGAAGAAGUUACAGGUCUGUGAGAGCCAGAAAUCUUGCUUGUUUGUAGGUGACCAAAUACUUAUUUUCCACCAUAAUUUGCAAAUAAAUUCAUUAAAAAUCCUACAAUGUGAUUUUCUGGAGAAAACAUUUCUCAAUUUGUCUGUCAUAGUUGACGUGUACCUAUGAUGAAAAUUACAGGCCUCAUCUUUUUAAGUGGGAGAACUUGCACAAUUGGUGGCUGACUAAAUACUUUUUUUCCCCACUGUAUUUGUGUUUGAGUAACCUCUCUCUCGCUGUCACGUUGUACCUUUGACAGUAGAGUUUGUGUGUAAAGACUAACCCCCAAUCUUUGUAUGUCUGUAGCAGACAGUACGUUUGACAGCGGCCUGGGCUCUGCUGUGUAUUCUGACUCCCACAGCAGCCAGCACAAUGUCCUCUACCAGUCCCUAGUGGAGCCCAUCACCAUGGCAAUACAGCAGGUCUGUACCACACACACUCAGGGCAUGUGCACUAUACACAGGGUCAUUAUCAUAAAUGUACACCACACAUACACGCAUAACUAAUACACACACACUCACACACAGGACAUAACAUACAUGCACUCUACGCACAUUGAGCACGUGCACAUACAGUAUGUCCUCAUUUGCAUAGUAAUACCCAUCACAUGCAUAUGUAUGUGGCAAAUGCUCACACACGUAUGGAUCCUCAUUGAUUUACAAAUGUAAUAACAUAGGCACAUUUUAUGUUUAUGGCCAACCUAAAGAUUUACUGCAUCUCAUUUGCUCAGAUUUCUCCAAUUAAUCUCCAUCCUAUUCCAUUUUCAUGUUUUUAUUGUGUGUAUGUGUUGAAUUUUUUUCAUCAGUUUUUGGUUGUGGAUUGUGUGUAAAGUGUCGUUUUAAGUAACAUGUGUUUUGCCUGUGGGUCCCUGUAUGGGCUCAGCGUCAGCGACGUGGUCUGUAUUUGGCUUCAGCACACCCCCGCUCCUGUGAAAGGGGCGAGGGGUGGAAAGGAGCCCUGGGACCUGAGCUCCGAGUGGGGGCAGGAGCAGCGGCACGGAGAGGGAGUGCAUCGGUCAUUGACACUCUAAGAGGCAACAAAAUCACUCUUCAUAUGCUCCUGCAACCUCUGACCUCUGGGCCCUGCAGCCCACAGAGAGCUGCCAGUCCCGCCCCCACAUCACCAGACAACCAAACAGACAGCAGCCCCUCUGAGUUCCGCUCCGAGGCAGAGGACGGCUUCCCUUCUCCGAGUGCUUUGCCUGCCCCCCUCCUCCUGGCCCCCCCUGCCCCCACACACUAUGAGGCUCGACGUCAUAGUGACUCUUCUGUGGAAUCCCAGACAUUGGAAGCCACCAAUGCGAGCAGGGUUAAGUCUGUGUCAGGGGGGCGGAGGCACUCAGACCUCGGCACCCUGAUGAGUCUAAACUCUGCCCAUCAUCACCACCAAGGUGUGCCCAGAAAGCACCUCUGCCAGGCCUGCUUGUCUCUGCUGCUGCUGAAGUCACGGGGGGAGGGGCACAAGCAACAGCACAUCGCCUUUCCUUUUCCACUACACCCCUGUGGGACGGCGACAACCGCAGGGUCAGGUGGGGUGAAAGGUCAAAGUCACAUAGGAAGUGACUGCUCUGACCUCUUCUUACUACAAAAGAACCUGAUGAACAUCAUCAGCCGUAAAACCACCCCAUCCAACCAGGGCCAACCCUCCCUCCUCCACCUGCCUGCAGCCCAGCAGCCUGCCCGGAGCUAUGGGGAUGGGAGUCUGAAGUUACCCCAGAGAGGCAGCUUCAGUGGUGGCCACACAGCACCCCCUCUGGCCAAGCCCACACAGGACCGCAGGGCCAGCUACUGCGCUGGGGAGCACCGAGCUACCGAGCCCCCGGGAGUGGUAGGUCAUCUCACAAUGGUCUGAAGUGGCUUUUGCUCAGUGUCUUCUUUCCUUCAUCUGCACUGAACUAACAAAGGAUAGGUGAAAGUAAUAUGGUGGAUGCCAACAACUAAUUUGCUUUCACCUGUCCAAUUCCUUGAUGUCAGUGCAGAUGGGGUAAAGCAGGUGAGGAGAGGAAGUUACUUUAGACUAUUGAGAUAGUCCCCGACCCUCAGCUCAGCCUGUAGAGCUGAUUCCUGUAGACUUCACUCUCUGCUUAAACCUGUAGAAGGGGCUCUGUUUUACUGCUGUCAUAGGACUGGACCCUGCUCUCUCUUCCGCUCAGCUUCAAACUACCAUAGAAGUCCAUGGUUCUACUGGUGCGCUUUGGGACAAGCUGGUUCUCUGGAGGACCAUAGAUACUGCUGACUGACUAACUCUCUAACCCGCUGCCAACUUGAGCUGGCCUGUUAAUGUCUUCUCUUUAUGCUUUACUGACCGAAUGCCAGAACGCAAAACCCAUCCUUCUACACCCGCUCAUAUCACCUUGCCCAUGGAAAGUCCUCAGUGAAUUAACAGAUGGCUGCUGCAAACCAAGGGAAUGAAUGAUGCUGUGUCCCCUCUAACCUCCCAUAACCCCUCUUCCCCUUCCCCUACCUCCUUAUUGUAGUGCACACCUGCUGCCUCUUCUGUUAACCCUGCCAUUGUCUGGGUGUUUUUAAAAUUGUUAUUUUAAUCCUUCAGCCACUCAUUAUCAUUGACAUCCUGUGUAUUUUGGCUCAUAUUGGUUUUUCUCUUAUAGAGGAUGUCUAUCUAUAUUGUUCCAAGUUUGUAGAUUCAGAUAUUUAGAUGUAUUCAUUCAUUCAGAAAUAUUUUACAUCACUGUCAAAUACAGUAACUUUUAACGGGGGCCUAAAAGCACCCCCAAUGUCUCUGUCUGUCCUUUAACAAGUCUCUCUCUCUCUCUCCUCUCAGCCCAGUGCUGUGCACACAUUGCUCCAGAACCAUGCAUCUCUCCAGGGCCAGCCUGCUUCCGCCCCGGCCCUGCACACCCCCCUGCAAUACCUCCAGCCUGGCCACAGCUACCCCACCAUUCCCCUGGUCACUCAACAGAUGCCCACCACAGCCAGCUUCUCAGCUGCAGCUCUGCAGCACACCCCAGCCUCAGCAAGUUACUCGGCAUCAAACAUGCCUCUGCAACAGAAUCAUUCUGGACAAAGCUACCCAGCUCCACUUCAGCAACAGACAGCAACAGCAGCAAGUUAUACAACUGCAAAUGUACCACUUCAACAGCCUGCAGCAAGCUUUUCAGCGACAACCAUGCCCCUGCAGCAGCCGCACACAGCAGCAACAAUUCCAAUCCAGCGGACACCAACUCCACAGAGUUAUGUUGCUCCAGCUCUGCAACAGUCGACUCAAACUGCAGCGAGCUACGCAGCUCCAGUGGAGCAUCUCCAACAGACUGCACCCACACAGAGCUAUGCAUCUGUAGCCCCAACUGUGGUCCACACAGUACCUAUACCCAGUCUCCCUACUCGGGAACCCAGUGUAGCAACACAGCCUCUAGCUGCUGUUGUGCCUCCCCCAGUCCAGCCUUGCCCAGCCCCACACAGCCUCUCAGACAAAGCCAUGCCUCCCAUUCUGCAGCCAGGCCAGUCUAGUCCCAUGUAUCACAGCCAACAGACAGUGCAGGUCCCCAUUCAGCAGCAACACAGCCAGCAAAUGGCACAGACCACGGUCCAACAGGCUAGUCCCAUACAUCACAGCCAACAGACUGUCCAGGUCCCCAUUCAGCAGCACAGCCAACAGACUGUGCAGGUCCCCCUACCCCAACACAGCCAGCCAAUGGCCCAGCCUACUGUCCAACAGGCUCCAGUUGUCCAGCGCUACCAGUCACCUGCCCAUACUGUGCAGCAAGGUUCAACCCUCCAGAGUUACCCUACUUCUGUACCCCUGAUGGGGCAACAGAACUCUGCUUCACAGAGCUACCCACCCAUAGCCCCACAGGCUGCAACGGUGCAAGGCUACACAUCACUCCAAUCCAGUGUGAUGGGUCAGGCCUAUCCAUCUGCUCUGGCUCCACAGCAGGCCGCAGCCCCACAGACCUACCCAGUGGCCCCCAUAGUGCAACAACAGACUGGGACUACUGCUCCUACUGCACAGCACAGCCAGGCCCAGGCAGCCCCACUACCCACAGGCCAGCAGGUGAGGUCAAUAUGAAGUUGAAGGAGUCUUCAGUAACUUAGCAAGUUGCCCAAUUUUCAACCUGACCCCUGCCCUCUGGGCACUUGUGGACAAUUGAGAGGAUUCAGUGGAGCUGUUCUCUUCAUGGAGUGCUUAAGGCUAGGGGUCGAUAUGUAGUUGAGCAGUAAUUACCUCUCCCCGGCCAAAGCUAACCUGAUGGAGAGUAACUGCCCAGUACAGUGCUCCCCUUUUUGAGUGAAGUUUCAGUUCUCUGACCCUGUGUUUUCAUUUCUCAUAGUACCAACUCUAUCUCUACAACCCAGCUUUCCUGAACCAGGUAGAUCUCCCUUCCUCUCAAUACACACUGUCAAAAUCACCUGAAUAACACUGUCGGAGGGAGAGAAAACAAAUACACUGUGCGUCCUUUGUGUCAGAUGAACAAUGUUUAUUUAUGACAAUACUGUUGUUGGUUUGCCUGUCUGUUUGUUUAGAUGCUCCUGGGAUGAGGACUUUAGGUUUGUUUAGAUGCUCCUGGGAUGAGGACGUUAGGUUUGUUUAGGUGCUCCUGGGAUGAGGACGUUAGGUUUGUUUAGGUGCUCCUGGGAUGAGGACUUUAGGUUUGUUUAGGUGCUCCUGGGAUGAGGACGUUAGGUUUGUUUAGGUGCUCCUGGGAUGAGGACGUUAGGUUUGUUUAGGUGCUCCUGGGAUGAGGACGUUAGGUUUGUUUAGGUGCUCCUGGGAUGAGGACGUUAGGUUUGUUUAGAUGCUCCUGGGAUGAGGACGUUAGGUUUGUUUAGGUGCUCCUGGGAUGAGGACGUUAGGUUUGUUUAGGUGCUCCUGGGAUGAGGACGUUAGGUUUGUUUAGGUGCUCCUGGGAUGAGGACGUUAGGUUUGUUUAGAUGCUCCUGGGAUGAGGAUGUUGGGUCAAUCACAGAGCCAGUAGUAGUGGUUUCUUCUGAGCGUGGCCAAACGGAGACAUAAUGGAAAACUAUAAUGAAAACAAUAAUAGUGCCUUUAUCCCCGCUGCAUCUGCCAGCUCCGCAGUCCCUCAGGCCUGUUCUGUGUCUGUGGAGUGUGCUGCAGUAACAGCCACAUAUACUGGCUGACUCCAGGCACAAGGACAGGAUGGGAAAUGUGAGCCUGAUUCUGAUUCGGGUCAAUAGCAGGAAAAGCAGAUAUCCAAUUGAGAGAUGUAACCAGAGACUCUCUCUCUCUCUCUCUCUCUCUCUCUCUCUCUCUCGUCUGUCCUGUCUGUCUGUCCUGUCUGUCUGUCUCGUUCUCUCUCUCUCUGUCUGUGUGCCUGUGUGUUUCGUUCUCUCUCUCUCUCUGUCUGUGUGUUUCGUUCUCUCUCUCUCUCUGUCUGUGUGUUUCGUUCUCUCGCGCUCUCUCUGUCUCUCUCUCUCUCUCUCUCUCUCUCUCUCUCUCUGUCUGUCUGUGUCUGUGUGUUUCGUUCUCUCUCUCUCUCUCUCUCUCUGUCUGUCUGUGUGUUUCGUUCUCUCUCUUGUUCGCACUCUCGUACUCUGUCUGUAGAAUCUCCCUGCGGGUCAAAGCCUUCCCCAGCACCACCAAUCAUUAUGUAGUCUGCCUGCCCAGGCACUGCCUCCUCAGCAGCCAUUGGCUCAGGCCUCUGUCCCUCUGCAGUUGCAGCCACUACAGAUGUCCACUUCUCUGCCACCAACACACCUUUCCCAGGUAACCCCUCCCUCUCAAUUUCACUGCUACCUGGGAUGGAUUGUCCUUUAUUCACUGUCUCUCUUUUUUUGGUACCAUACUGUAUGUAGCCAACUCUAUGUACGUAGAUGUGCUAAUUACAUUUGGCCACUAAAGUUGAUCUUUUUAAACUGUUGACCUCUCAAGCUUAGAGGACUUUGGUUCUUAGUUGAGUAUAGCUUGGGGUAUCUCUUGCUUUGUGUCUAAUGGCAUACUAUACCCAAUAUAGUGCAGUGCUUUGGUCAAAAGCUGUGCACUAUAUUAGGAAUAUGGUAUUUUUUGCAAUUUGCCUUUUGCUUGCCUGAUCGGUUUGCAGUAUAGAACAUAAUUGGAAAUGCUAAUGGGUUCCAUACUCCAGACCCUGGUGUCUGAUUGCUUUCAUAUUCUACCCUUUUCUUCUCCUCCUCCCAGUUUCCCUCACCGUAUCCCAACAUCCAAGUGGUGACCUCUCUGGCUGGAUGUGACUCCUACCCUCACCCCUGCCCUGUUCCCCAGUCCUACCCCUCCUCCACUGCCCCCUCUCUGCCCCCUCUCUACCUCUCCCCAGGCCAGCCUGCCACUCUGCCCCCCUCUGUCUCGCCCCUCGCCACCCUGCAUAUAGGGAAUGCUCUGGUGCCGCCCACCUCAGUGCCCUUGAUACCCUCACCCAAAACCCUGCUGGCCAUGGCAGCACCCACACUGCCACAGCACCUGCAGAUGUACCCCGCUGUUUUGCAACAGUGUGUUAUGCCACAUACACAGCCACACACACAGCUCCCCACUCACACACACCCUGACUCACUGCCUGAACAACAGAACACACAACUGCAGAAUACACACCACAAGAACCCAAACCCUGCUGCCGUAUCCCUACCUGUUCAACACAACACACACCCCACAUACUCACACCCUGCCGCUGCACCUGAGCUUGCUCUGCACAGCUCGCAGCCAUUAAGACAGGUAAAUAUGCAGUGCCUUCAGAAGGUAUUCAUACCCCUUAAUGUAUUCCACAUUUUGUUGUUACAGCCUGAAUUCAAAAUUGAUUAAAUAUAUUUUUUUCUCUCACCCAUCUACCCAAAUACAUACAUACCUAAUUUGCAUAAAGUUUUCACACUCCUGAGUCAAUACUUCGUAGAAGAACCUUUGGUAGCGAUUACAGCUGUGAGUCUUUCUGGGUAAGUCUCUAAGGGCUUUCCACACCUGGAUUGUGCAAUGUAAAAUUCUUCAAGCUCUGUCAAGUUGGUUGUUGAUCAUUGCAGCCAUUUUCAAGUCUUGCCAUAGAUUUUCAAGUAGAUUUACAUUACCAGUCAAAAGUUUUAGAACACCUACUCAUUCCAGGUUUUUUCUUUAUUUUUACUAUUUUCUACAUUGUAGAAUAAUAGUGAAGACAUCAAAACUAUGAAAUAACACAUGGAAUCAUAUAGUAACCAAAAAAGUGUUAAACAAAUCAAAAUAUAUUUUAUAUUUGAGAUUCUUCAAAGUAGCCACCCUUUGCCUUGCUGACAGCUUUGCACACUCUUGGCAUUCUCUCAACCAGCUUCAUGAGGUAGUCACCUGGAAUGCAUUUCAAUUAACAGGUGUGCCUUGUUAAAAGUUAAUUUGUGGAAUUUCUUUCCUUCUGAAUGCAUUUGAGCCAAUCAGUUGUGUUGUGACAAGGUAGGGGGGGUAUACAGAAGAUAGCCCUAUUUGGUAAAAGACCAAGUCCAUAUUAUGGCAAGAACAGCUCAAAUAAGCAAAGAGAAACUACAGUCCAUCAUUACUUUAAGACAUGAAGGUCAGUUAAUCCGGAAAAUUUCAAGAACUUUGAAAGUUUCUUCAAGUGCAGUCGCAAAAACCAUCAAGCGCUAUGAUGAAACUGACUCUCAUGAGGACCGCCACAGGAAAGGAAGACCCAGAGUUACCUCUGCUGCAGAGGAUAAGUUCAUUAGAGUUAACUGCACCUCAGAUUGUAGCCCAAAUAAAUGCUUCACAGAGUUCAAGUAGCAGACACAUCUCAACAUCAACUGUUCAGAGGAAACUGCGUGAAUCAGGCCUUCAUGGUCGAAUUGCUGCAAAGAAACCACUACUAAAGGACACCAAUAAGAAGAAGAGACUUGUUUGGGCCAAGAAACACGAGCAAUGGACAUUAGACCGGUGGAAAUCUAUCCUUUGGUCUGAUUCCAACCGCUGUGUCUUUGUGAGACGCAGAGUAGGUGAAUGGAUGAUCUCCGCAUGUGUGGUUCCCACCGUGAAGCAUGGAGGAGGAGGUGUGGUGGUGCUUUACUGGUGACACUGUGAUUUAUUUAGAAUUCAAGGCACACUUAACCAGCAUGGCUAUCACAGCAUACUGCAGCGAUACGCCAUCCCAUCAGGUUUGUGCUUAGUAGGACUAUCAUUGGUUUUUCAACAGGACAAUGACCCAAUACACCUCCAGGCUGUGUAAGGGCUAUUUGACCAAGAAGGCGAGUGAUGGAGUGCUGCAUCAGAUGACCUGGCCUCCACAAUCACCCGACCUCAAAACCCAAUUGAGAUGGUUUGGGAUGAGUUGGACCGCAGAGUGAAGGAAAAGCAGCCAACAAGUGUUCAGCAUAUGUGGGAACUCCUUCAAGACUGUUGGAAAAGCAUUCCUUAUGAAGCUGGUUGAGAGAAGGCCAAGAGUGUGCAAAGCUGUCAUCAAGGCAAAGGGUGGCUACUUUGAAGAAUCUAAAUAUUUAUAUUUGAUUUGUUUAACACUUUUUGGGUUACUAGAUGAUUCCAUAUGUGUUAUUUCAUAGAUUUGAUGUCUUCACUAUUAUUCUACAAUGUAGAAAAUAGUAAAAAUAAAGAAAAACCCUUGAAUGAGUAGGUGUGUCCAAACUUUUCACUGGUACUGUAAGUCAAAACUGUAUCUCGGCCACUCAGGGACAGUCACUGUCUUCUUGGUAAGCAACUCCAGUGUAGAUUAGGCCUUGUGUUUUAGGUUAUUGUCCUGCUGGCUGAACUCCAGUGUAGAUUUGGCCUUGUGUUUUAGGUUAUUGUCCUGCUGAAAGGUGAAUUUAUCUCCCAGAGUCUGGUGGGAAGCAGACUGAACCAGGUUUUCCUCUAGGAUUUUGCCUUUGCUUAGCUUCAUUCCGUUUCUUUUUUAUCCUGAAAAACUCCCCAGUCCUUAGUGAUUACAAGUAUACCCAUAAUAUGACUAUGCUUGGAAAUAUGGAUGGUGGUACUCAGUAAUGUGUUGAAUUGUAUUUGCCCCAAACAUAACAUUUGUAUUCAGGACAAAAAGUUAAUUGCUUUACCACAUUUUUUGCAGUAUUACUUUAGUGCCUUUUUUCAAACAGGAUGAUAUGUUUUGGAAUAUGUAACUACAAUGUUGUUGAUCCAUUCUUAGUAUUAUCCUAUCACAGCCAUUUAACUCUGUAACUGUUUUAAAGUCACCACUGGCCUCAUGGUGAAAUCCCUGAGCGGUUUCCUUCCUCUCUGGCAACUGUGUUAGGAGAGACGCCUGUAUCUUUGUAGUGACUGGGUGUAUUGAUAAACCAUCAAAAGUGUAAAUAAUAACUUCACCAUGCUCAAAGGCAUAUUCAAUGUAUUUUUUUAUUUGUAUCCAUCUACCAAUGGAUGCUCUUCUUUGCGAGGCAUUGGAAAACCUCCCUGGUCUUUGUGGUUGAAUCUGUGUUUGAAAUUCACAGCUUGAUUGCGGGACCUUACAGAUCAUUGUAUGUGUAGGGUACAGAGAUGAGGUAGUCAUUCAAAAAUCAUGUUAAACACUAUUAUUGCACACAGUGAGUCCAUGCAACUAUUAUGACUUGUUAAGCAAAUGUUUUAUCCUGAACUUAUUUAGGCUUGCCAUAACAAAGCGGUUGAAUAGGUAUUGACUUGACAUUUUAGCUUUUCAUUUUUAAUUAACUAAUUAAAUUUCUAAAAACAUAAUUCCACUUUGACAUUAUGGGAUAUUGUGUGUAGGCCAGUGAAAACAAAUCUCAAUUUAAUCAAUUUUAUAUUCAGGCUGUAACACAACAAAAUGUGGAAAAAAAUCAAGGGGGUUGAAUACUUUCUGAAGGCACUGUAAGAGGGCUGGAAUUGAACAAAGGUUUUUGUGGUAUAACGGGAGUCGGGAACCGCAUCUGUGUUUUUGCAUACCUACAGUUGAAGUCGGAAGUUUACAUACACCUUCGCCAAAUACAUUUAAACUCAGUUUUUCACAAUUCUUGACAUAAUCCUAGUAAAAAGUCCCUGUCUUAGGUCAGUUAGGAUCACCACUUUAUUUUAAGAAUGUGAAAUGUCAGAAUAAUAGUAGAGUGAUUUAUUUCAGCUUUUAUUUCUUUCAUCACAUUCCCAGUGGGUCAGAAGUUUACAUACACUCAAUUAGUAUUUGGUAGCAUUGCCUAUAAAUUGUUUAACUUGGGUCAAACGUUUUGGGUAGCCUUCCACAAGCUUCCCACAAUAAGUUGGGGGAAUUUUGGCCCAUUCCUCCUGACAGAGCUGAUAUAACUGAGUCAGGUUUGUAGGCCUCCUUGCUCGCACAUUCCUUUUCAGUUCUGCCCACACAUUUUCUAUAGGGCUUUGUGAUGGCCACUCCAAUACCUUGGCUUUGUUGUCCUUAAGCCAUUUUGCCACAACUUUGGAAGUAUGCUUGGGGUCAUUGUCCAUUUGGAAGACCCAUUUACGACCAAGCUUUAACUUCCUGACUGAUGUCUUGAGAUGUUGCUUCAAUAUAUCCACAUAAUUUUCCUUCCUUAUGAUGCCAUCUAUUUUGUGAAGUGCACGAGUCCCUCCUGCAGCAAAGCACCCCCACAGCAUGAUGCUGCCAGCCCGGUGCUUCACGGUUGGGAUGGUGUUCUCCGCCUUGCAAGCUACCCCCCUUUUCCUCCAAACACAAUUAUGGUCAUUAUGGCCAUAGGACAUUUCUCCAAAAAGUAGGAUCUUUGUCCCCAUGUGCAGUUGCAAACCGUAGUCUGGCUUUUUUUAUGGCGGAUUUGGAGUAGUGGCUUCUUCCUUGCUGAGCGGCCUUUCAGGUUAUGACGAUAUAGGACUCAUUUACUGUGGAUAUAGAUACUUUUGUACCUGUUCCCUCCAGCAUCUUCACAAGGUCCUUUGCUGUUGUUCUGGGAUUGAUUUGCACUUUUCGCACCAAAGUACGUUCAUCUCUAGGAGACAGAACGCGUCUCCUUCCUGAGUGGUAUGACGGCUGCGUGGUCCCAUGGUGUUUAUACUUGUGUACUAUUGUUUGUACAGAUGAAUGUGGUACCUUCAGGCGUUUGGAAAUUGCUCCGAAGGAUGAACCAGACUUGUGGAGGUCUACAAUUUAUUUUCUGAGGUCUUGGCUGAUUUAUUUUGAUUUUCCCAUGAUGUCAAGCAAAGAGGCACUGAGUUUGAAUGUAGGCCUUGAAAUACAUCCACAGGUACACCUCCAAUUGACUCAAAUUACGUCAAUUAGCCUAUCAGAAGCUUCUAAAGCCAUGACAUCAUUUUCUGGAAUUUUCCAAGCUGUUUAAAGGCACAGUCAACUUAGUGUAUGUAAACUUCUGACCCACUGGAAUUGUGAUACAGUGGAUUCUAAGUGAAAUAAUCUGUGUGUAAACAAUUGUUUGAAAAAUUACUUGUGUCAUCCACAAAGUAGAUGUCCUAACCGACUUGCCAAAACGAGUUUUAAUGACUCCAACCUAAGUGUAUGCAAACUUCCGACUUCAACUGUAGCUAUUAUUUUUGUGUGUAUAUUUUUGUAGACAUGAUAAUGUGAACGCAUGUUCAUGUGGCGUCCUCCCCUACUAUAAUAUAUUUAGUGUGUUCCCCUCUACCUCAGCAGGUCCAGCAGCAGACCCAGCUUCCAGAUCCACUCCCCCCCUCCCAGCCUACCCAGCCUGCAGUUUUCUCCUCUCCCAUACAUAGUGGGCUGGGCACAGUCACUGUCGCAGCCCAGCUUGACCUGAAGCAGAACGUCAGCCAAACCCAGUCUCAGCUUCAGGCGCAAGGCCACAACCAGAGCCAACCCCAGGUUCCAGUGCCGCAGCCACCUGUCUCCCAGACUGCAGGCCCUGGGCCUGCCAUCACCAGCUUGACUCAGCAGAACCAGGCCAGUGCCAGCAGCAGCACAGGGACCACGGUCACCUCGGCACAGCCUCUAACAGAGUCCAAUCUGGAGGUAUGGAGGACUGACCUGACCUAUACGUCCACACCCUAAGCCCUCAAAUCUCCCCCCUCUCAGUCCUUCAAAUCUCCCUUCUCUCAGCCCCUCCGACCCUCCCUCUACCUGUUCCUCAAACAACAUCACCAAUAUCCCUGCACGCCAAAUAUCCUCCCCAACCAUCCGUUGGUUAAGUUGUGCCUUUUUGGUUGCGUAUGCUCCUAAAAUAUUUUGCUGUGCGACCUGGAAUUGUUAUUUUGGAGCACCAGUGCACCUAGAAAAAAAAUCACCCAGAUAAUAAUUGUUGUAAUGAUUAGGCUUCGCUGUGCCACUGUUUCCGAGUUCCCUAAAGAAAAAAAGUGCUACAAAUAAUAGGCUUGUUUCUAGCCCAAAACUUGUCCCAUAUUAUCACGCAUAAACCAUGACGUGGGCCAUUCUAAAACUAAUCGCGGGACAUUAACCAUUUGUUUACACCUUAUUCAAAUCAAAUCAAGUUGUAUUUGUCACAUGCGCCGAAUACAACAGGUGCAGACCUUACAGUAAAAUGCUUACUUACAAGACCUAACCAACAAUGCAGUUUUAAGAUAAAUAAGUGUUAAGUAAACAAUAGAUAAGAAAAAAAGUAAAAGCAGUAAAAUAACAGUAACAAUAACAGUAGCGAGGCCAUAUACAGGGGGUACCGGUACAGAGUCAAUGUGCGGGGGCACCGGUUAUCAGUCAUGUUAUCUCAUUGGCUAACUAGCUAACAACCUGGUAACUUUACCAGUAUAUCUAAACAUUUGGGGGCACAGAAUGAAAGGAUAGCUUCUUUUCAGGAGAUCAAUGAUCAUAGCAAGCUGACAGAUCUCUUGCGCGUCGUCACUCUUAAAUAGACGGUGUAACAUUUUAAAUGUAAUGCAUCUCAAUAGGAAAUUGUGCUUUUUACACGUUGUAGAAACGUAAUAUUCCACAACUCUCCCUCAUGUCCGUUUCUGACCUAGCUAAUAAUGACACAUUCCAUGUUCCCACCCUCUGUUCACAGCAUGAACAGCCCUUCAUCCUGUUGGACUGACUUUGUUUGUUUUUGUUUUGUCUGCAGGAUCCUGGUGCAGAGAAGCAGGCUUCAGGGGCCAGCUACUCCUACGACAGGUAGGAUGGCUAUCUUCUGAUGGCUGUCUGGUGCAGAGAUUUGGUGGUGUGGUAGGAGACUUUUUCAGUGAUGCCUAUCAUCCUCCUCUCUCAGGAUGAGGGUAAUCUAACAACCAUGGUAAGAGGUUCGGUGGUGUGCAUCAGUGGUAGUUGCUUAGCAACGGGCAUCCCAGAGACCUCACUUAGGGUUUUGGUGAGUGCUAGCAGAGAGCGAGUGUUGCCCAGGCUUGUUGUGGUGGUUGAUGAAUGAGAUGAACAGAGGGAUUGAGUGUUGUGUACCGCAGGGAAUGCAGCCUGGUUUUCUGGGCAUGUGUUCUGAGCUGUUCCAUUGUCUAGGACUAUAGUAUAUAGGCCUACCAAUUUGGCAACGGGGAAAUCUGGAUACUGUUUCUGCUCCCUAAUUGAAUUGUUAAGAACUGUGUGUAACAAGACCCUUGUAUCGUUUUAUGAUGAACAAUUUCCCUUGAAGCAGAAAGUGUGUGCAGGCUUUCCCUCAUUCCACCACCUGGUUUAGUUUUGAUUUUGAUAUGCAUAAAUCGUUAACUUUUGGUGCACAGCUGACCCUUAAAGUGCAUAUCGGAGAAGUGUGCACACUGUUCAAUGCUCUGGUUUAGUGCAGGAUUUUAGGACUGUCUCAACCCAUUGCAUUUGAGUUUAUGCAUGAGUUGGUUGAUUUUUCCAUAACAUGGUCUCCCGCUCUUCUGUAACCCAGUGUGAACUCAGAUGCCACCUCAGGGAAGGAGAUGAGCGACGGUAAUGAGGGGACACACGGGUCAGGGAAGGGCGAGGGGAAGGUCCGGAAACCCCACCGCCGCUCCACACGCACCCGCUCACGCCAGGAGAAGAUCAACAAGCCCAAACUCAGCAUGCUCAACGUGAGUACAGCACACACAUACAGAGUCUAGGAUCAAUCUGCACACCACACAUCCAUGUCUCUGACCUCUGUUCCUCCCUGGUACAGUUGUGUAAUACAGGGGAUAAGAUGGUGGAGUGUCAGCUGGAGACCCACAAUCACAAGAUGGUCACCUUCAAGUUUGACCUGGACGGAGACGCACCUGAGGAGAUUGCCACUUACAUGGUACCAUUAGUGGAAACACUUGCAAUGGCACAUAAGCCAUGAGAAUUGUGGAUAGAAAAAGUAUUUGUUCCUUACAUACACUUCUACAGGCUUUUGAAACACAAGCACAGACACACUGACUGACACCCCCACACACAAACUUGUGUAGUCCUGAAUAUCCUUAUAAACAUCCACUUGUGACGUGGGGCUGCUGCACCUACACAGAUGCACAGAGUAGCUCCAAAAAAAUUCCACGACGCCCCAGAGCUACCCAAACUGUGUGUGUGCUCUCUCUGCCUGCUAGCUCUUAGUGAGGGAGAUGCUCUUUCAUGUCUCAAGGCACUGAAACUCCCUAUGAUGCUGUUCUUUUCCACUGCAUUGCAGCAAAAUUCUCUCCUCUCUCUCUAAAAAUUCCAGCCCUGUUCAUUUUUUGUACGUGGAUUAAUAUUUUAUUGCACAUAAUUUUUUUGUUUCAUUCCCCCAACAUCUAUAGAGGUUUCCAAAACUGAUGCCUCUGGCCCAGUUUUGGAAAGGCAGGUUUCAAACACUUUUUAGUGACUUAUUCAAUUCACGUAGGCCUAGUCCAAUAUUUAUCGAAGAAAAUAAUUUUUAUUAUCAACUUUUAAGGGGAUCUAAUACUGACGGAUGGUCUCUCUCUCGGUCUGUCAGGUGGAGAAUGACUUCAUCCUGCUCCUGGAGAAGGAGAUGUUUAUAGAGCAGCUGAAGGACAUUGUGGACAAGGCUGAGGAUAUGCUGAGUGAAGACACUGAGGGGGAGAGGAGCUCUGACCACGCGGGCAGUCCUCAACAGAGCCACGGAGCAGUCAUACUGGGGGGAGAGGUGAGGAGGGGGGGACAGGGGAUUUAGGGCUAACAGAGUUGGAGUAAAGGUAAUGGUGCAGGAUGGGGGAGAGUUGGGGGGAUUUGGGGAUAACAGAGUUUGGGGGAGAGUUAAGGGUGCAGGAUGGGGGGAGAUGGCAGGUGGCAUCUUUAAAACACUCUCAAGAUGACUGUGAGCAGGGCUGCCAACAAACUACUGCCACGAUAGAACCGUUGUUGCUGAUGAGACACUUUUAGCUAACCUAAUUUGUCAUUCGGGGGCCAAUAUGGUGACAUUGUUGAGAGAAUCCUUUCAAGCUUCAUUGUCUAGAAGUUAUACUCUUUUAGCACCAGCCAUUUAUAACGAUACUCUCCCUUUCUAGGGUUCAAAGACUGCUACACCUAAUUCACCACAGCUUGUUUACCAGCAGAACGGUAAGGCUUCGUUACCUCCUGGCCACAUUGUGUGCAGGCUUUUGCUCAAGCCCAGCUGUAACACAUCGAUUCAGAAAAUCAACUAAUCAUGGUCUUCAAAUGAGUUUUAAUUAUGUAUGUUAGAGAUAAGCGGGAACAAAAUCCCUGCACUCGCUGAGUUCUUCCAGGACCACUAAUCUUCUAGCUUAUCUCAACCCACUUCAGAUGCAUUACAUAGCACAUUACAGCCUCUCUGUGAACCUCAGACACAGCAGAUUAGAAUGUUCUGGGAGGUUAUUGUUGUCAGGAGUGGAGAUGAUGAGGGUGACUGGUUGUUUCAUAGGGACUUCAAUCUCUCUUUAGCUCUCAAUCGCUCUCUUUCACAUCUCUCUGUCCUAUCGUCCCUCAGUCCUAUCUUUUCAUGUCUCCCCCAAUCAAUCUCUCUAUCCCCCCAUUCUCUUCCUCUGAACAUAAUUUGAUAGUUGAUAGACAUUUGUGAGCAUCUCUCUUUUUCUCCCUCUAUUUGCAGUUAAUCUGAAUUUGAGUGCAUGUUUCUCAUUCUCUAACUCUAUUCUGUUGCUAGUAGAUCUGUGUCUAUGAGUGUGUCUUUGUCUCUGUGUACUUGGCAGUCCUCCACACUGGGAAGCGCUGGUUCAUUAUCUGCCCCGUGGCCGAGACGCCCACGCCAGACAGGGAGAAGACCUCAUCAGACACCUCUACAGCCAAGGGUACACACACACACACACACACACACACACACACACACACACACACACCCUGGGUGAAUAAAGCAGCAUAUUAGUGUCUUUGUGUAGUGCUGUGUGUGUCUGUGUGAAUGAACUAAUGAGUGUGUGUUGUAUGUGCUGUGUAGGGGUCAGUUAUGUAAUGCCAGUGUUGCAGUGGCUCUGAGCUGUGGUGAAGGGCAGGCUUUGUGCUCCAACUGACAGAGCUCUGAUGGGGGAAGACAAGUGAUGAUGUAAUACCCUCACACACCCACAGGACAUCCAUCUCCUUGACGCCACUCUUUUAUUUCAUCAUUUCUCUUUCUUUAACUCCUUCUCUUCUCUCUCUUCCCUGCUCUCUCCGCUACAGAGGCUCCUGUUACGUCAUUGUCUAGGUCCAGCUGCAGUACUACUCCUCCUGUUCCUGCCCUGACCACCAUAGCCCCUACUCCAGCCCCCUCUGCCCUCCCUGCACCUCAGAGCUCUGCCCAGCCUCAGGGCCCCAAUGUGGGCAUGGCCAGAAUGCAACAGCCCCAGGCCUCUGGAACCAAAUCCACCACCACCAAUACUACCACUGCUGCCAUGGGCCGCCACGCGCCCUGUGUCUCCAUGGUAACAGACAUCCCAUGUUGCCCCAUCGUUCCACCUGUGUCCCUGGACGUGAAUGGGGCGGGACAUAAAGGGGCAAGCGGCACUUCCUCCUGUCUACCCAAUCAGGGGGCCAGCCUGUCAGGAGACCCGCCCCCUCCGCUGGGCUCCCACCAACCAGUGGUCUUGCAGCAGCCCUACGCCACACCCAGCAUGGUGGGUGGAGGAGGUGGAGCCACAACACCGUCACAGCCCCAGAGUCCCGCCCAGCAGGCCUUCCAGCAGCAGGAUGGACCUGGUGGAUCCGGGAGUGGAGGUGGUGGGGGCCUGGGGGAGUCUGACGGAGAGGGCCCCCCCAGGGUGGAAUUUGUGGACCGCACCAUCAAGACUCUGGAUGAGAAGCUGAGGAACCUGCUGUACCAGGAGUACGCCCCAUCUGCUCCCUCCAGCACUGCCUCAGACCUCCAGGGCUCUAGCACAGAGGGGGUUAGCUCUCCCCCUGUCUCUGACAGCCAGACCACCACAGAGGAGGGGCUCCCCAGGAAGGGAGAGCUGCUGGUAAAGAUGCACUGUGUGUGUGCGCAUGCGUAUUCCGAUUAGGGCAGCCGCAGCGUUUGAUCUGAUGUCUGGGUCUGUGUGUGAAUCCCUCAUGUGAAAUUGAUUCAGCCAUUGACUGUAAUCACUGCCAAUUAUAACUCUGCCUUUAGUGAGACUGAUACUACGUUUAGCAGAGGAAGUAGAGCUCAGGGUUGCUGGCCAGAUAAUCCAUUAUACUCUGCACCCAUGGCAGUUUGAUCUCUGAUGGGCCCUGAUGCGGGUUGUGUGGGUGGGAUGGUAAUUGAUAUAUUUAGACACGGCAGGGGUCAGAGAAGGACAAUGGCUAGACAAACACCCUGUAACCCUCAUAUACUAUUGACCAAAUAGUUUCCCCCCCUUUCUUUCCGCUCUCAGCCUCAGAUCCCUGAGCGUACAGAUAGUUUGGAUACCCUGAGAGACUCUGCAGGUAAAUAACAUCCCAAAACACACUUUUUAUAUUAAAUUAUAUUAUCCUAUGUAUUGUGUGUCUAUUUGGAUUUGUAUCCAUUUCUGACUAUUUAGGGUAGACCCUAAAGUGAUUCAAAUGUUUUAAUGUUUCAAUAUUUUGUCAAGCCUGUAAAGGAGUGCUGAACAGAAUAGACUUUAUGGGCAGUUCCAGUUCCUAUGGCUCCAAGAGCCGUUUUCAGGUAACUUUCUUCAUCUCACUUUACCAUAGCUAAACAUUCUGAAAUGAGAGACAAACUAUCUUGAGUAAACCAAAGUUGACUUUUAUUUUAUUAAAUGGAAUUAUUCUUUUGACGUAUGUAAUAUUGUUCUCAAGAUUUAGAUCUAGUAAACAAUGGAAUCAGUUUAUUCAAUACGAUAUUAAAUAUUUAAAUAGUUUAUUAAGUUUCAAUUUGAUCAUGGUCUUAACUCCACCUCCAGAUCGUCCCCACUCCUCCGGAUGUCAUCCGUCGUUUAGAGAAGGGCAGAAGUCGCAGCACCUGCAGCUCCACGGUUCCCUCUAGUGGCUUGGGGGACUCUCACGCUGCAGCUGAGGGGGAGGGACGGCGAGACCAGGGGUGUUUGGCCGUGGGCAGGUUCUCAGUGAUAACCACCGAAGAGGGGCCGGAAAACGCCCCCAAACCUCACUGUAGCCACCGCUACUCAGCCCCCCCAGACUUCUACCAGGACACCUCCAGCCCCAACGCCACCCCCACCCUGCUCCCACGCGCCCGCACUGCUGACGCUGCUACCAACUACUCCUUCCACUUCGACUCUGAGUCGGGGGAGGAGGACACCAGUAGUUUAGCCCCUCCCCCUGCACACCACAAGCCUCCGACCCAAGCACUCUCGGAACACAGCGGAAGUGACCUCAUGAAGAGGGCGGUGGCCUUCCUGCGCCGCACGGGCCGCAGCAGCAGUGUGCAUAGCUCUGAUUCGCCGAGCCGGCAACCCGUGGUAGCGAACGGCCACGCCCUCUCGCCGCCUGGACCCGGCCACGCAUCGUAUGUCAGCAGUGACAACGAUUCUGAGUUUGAGGACGCGGACAUGAGGAAGGAGUUGCAGAGGCUGAGGGAAAGGUAUGUGAACACACACACACACACACAAACACAAACACAAACACACACACACAAAUAUGAAUUCAUACAUGCACAGGGUCAAUGUUAACCCAUGGAAAUAUAGCAAACUAUCAACCACUGUAACCUUCAUAGCCCUGGAUAGGUUUGUAGCCCAUUAAACACUGCAGAGAGGUUUAACUGCUAGUUAUUAUUAUUACUACUAAGUUAGUGACAUUUUAAAAUUGUACGAGUCAAUAUAAACAACAGUUCCUCCCCCAGUUGGAGAGAAAUGGAAAACAUUCUUCUAUAUUAUUGCAUGUACAUUUUAUCUUCCUCCCCAGACACAUAAAGGAGAUCUCAGAGCUGCAGGCGUUCCAGAGGAGUGAGAUAGAGCGUCUGUAUAAAGAGCUGGGGAAAGCCCUGCCGCCCGGUUUAGGCCUGCUGCACGCUGCGCCCCCUAGUGGCCGCAGACGCAGGGCCAGUAAACACAAGCUGAAGGCGGGCAAGCUGCUCAACCCCACGGUGCAGCAGCUGAAAAACAACCUGAACGCCACCACUGCCGGUGAGAGGAAAGGUGUGUGUGGAUGUGUCAGACUGUGGUAAGAAGAGGGGAGAGAGGUGUGAUUGAUAGAGGGGGAUGAGGAUAGGUGUGAGUGAGGAGGGAAAGAGUGAAAAAUGUGAGUGUGAGGGGAGCGAGAGAAAGGUGUGUUUGUGAGCAGUCCUGAGAAAUGGGAAAUGAGUCUUGAGGCAGAUUUGGGAGGAUUGGAAAUGUGGUAAUAAUAAAGAAAAAUGUAUCCCCAAUUCACCAUAAAGCUGGCUCUGUGGCUUAUCCAGUAUUUCUCUCUGAAGGUGAGAGUGCACCGGGCUUGUCUGGCUCUCCAGCUAAGAGCUCCAUUGUGUCUGACGGCUUGGCCCGCUCCAGUGGCAGCAGCAGUAGUACCAGCAGCACUCUGCCCAGCACGGCCCCAGAGCCCGUCCAAACCCAGCAGCCCUGCUCCCUCAAGGGCUCCCUCUCCUCUGACAGCAUCUAUGGUGGCGGCAUGGCCACACACGAAGGCCCAGGGCAAGGUACCUACACAUACAUAAAGGACAAGGUAUACACACUGUGGCAUAGCACACACAGUACACAUCCACAUUGACGAAUAUCACACACAUUUGGUGCAUAUCCGUACCUAAGAAUGCGUCACACACACACACACACACACACACACACAGGAUUCAAUCAAUAUACCAAAAGCAAACACGCCCAAACACGUGUCACUCACUGAGGUGUGGACACAUACUCAAACACACUCAUUUGUCCUGAGGAACACCUGAACAAGACCAACACAAGACCAUCAGCUUAAUCUGCUGUAGUAUUCUAAACUCUAAUAUUCUAAGCUGCCUAAAUCGGAGGUCUCAUAAGGGGACAUGGUAAUUGCUGCAUUGCAAAUAGUCAUGUUUGUCAGUCUUUCAUCCAAAGCAAAUGUUUUUAGGCAAAUAUACAUAAGGUGAGAGUUGCACCACACAUGUCCCCUGCGCCAAAAUACUGCCACUUACUGCAUGACUGCUGAGGUGUCAAUGGAAGCUAUAUUCAAGCACUGGUCCCAGAUCAGUUUAACACUCCUCAUGGUAAAGUUCCGGAUGGAUUGGGGAAAGGUAACCUGCUCUCAGACCAGUGUAUAGUGACAACUUGUCCCUAUAGUGAAUGUGAGGGCGGUCUCCUGUUGCUGGUUUAGCCCAUGUGGCUGUACCCUGUACUGGUGCUGCUGCUGUUAGUGGUGGGGGUUUCUCAUCCCAAGUCUCUGUGCACUUUUACAGAAGUGUCUCUCUUUGUUUCUUCUCUUCUUCCCUGUUAUAUUAAUUUUGACAGGCUGGACGGUAUACCACCAAACAUCAGAGAGAGUGACCUAUAAAUCUAGUAGCAAACCACGUGCUAGAUUCCUCAGUGGACCCGUGUCUCUGUCCAUCUGUUUGUAUUUGUUGUUUUCUACUUUUCCUCACACAUCCCAUCCCUCUCUCCUCUCUUUAUUUCACCUCUUUAUCUUUUCUCUCGACCAGAUUGUUCUUUUGUAUGUUUUUAGAUAAUGGAUCCUCCCCCUUCUUCCUCACGCUCUUCACCACUCCCUGUCCCCAACACAAGCAUAUGUUGGCCAUUUUGUGUCCCUAACACAAGCCAAUUUUUGUUUUGUCUUCAUAGCUUUCUCCCCUCAGCCAUAAGUUGUUUUGGGUUUAGACCUCCCUCCAUACAAACGCUUUGUGCACUGCUUUAAACAGACUCCAAAAGCAUCCCAGCUAACAACAAAUAUUCCCACAACUUUAGAGAACCUUCCCUUAAGAGUCUCAUUAGGUAAUUAACUAACGUUUUCAUAGGAAUGUUCCUGUGAUGUGCAAGGAAUAUUUCCAAGAGAAUAUUCCUUUAAUGUCAAAUAGAACUUACCCCAGAACGUGGUUACCAUGUUCUCAGAAUAUAAGAUAUUAAUGUUCUAGACACGUUAAAUGAGUAUGUUCCAAGAAUAUUAAUGUGUCCUGUUUUCUGUGGGUUAGGAGAAUAUUCCAUCAACGUCCCACCAAACAUACACAGCAACCAUGUUCUGUGUAUGUUUGAUGUGACGUUGAUGGAAUAUUCUCCUAACCCUCACAAAACUGGACACAGGAAUGUUCUUGCAACAUUCUCAUGAAACGUGUCUAGAAUAUUAAUAUUGGCAACCAUGUUCAGUGUAUGUUUGGUGGAACGUUGGAAUAUUCUCAUAACCCUCUGAAAACUGGACACAUUAAUGUUAUUGCAACCUCCCAUAAAACACCUCUAGAACAUUAAUGUUGUAUAUUCUGACAACAUUGAAACCACAUUCUAGAUAAGUUCUCCUUGACAUUAAGGGGAUGUUCUAACUUUAACACCAAAACAUGGUAAAAAGGUUCUCAGAAGGUUUUUGCUAACAUAGUUAAAAGGAACAUUCGAUCUAACGAAAAACUGGACACUCAAACAUUAUGGGAACAUUAUGGGUUACAUUACAAAAAUAUUCUCUCCUCCCUAGAAUUGUUAGCUGGGAUACUGUAUUGUCAUAGAGCUAGUCUUCUCCAAACAUGGGCGAUGCUAGAUCCGAAACCUGAGUGAGAGUGUAUCCUAUGUGUGUGUGUUUUCAUUUACUCACUUCCUUAAUUAUAUAUCUCGAAUUGAGGCGCAUCGGCCCACAACCCCUCUGUAUACCAAGAGAAAAGCCAGCCCUCCCCCUGAUAGCCCAGCCAGGUUCCAGAGAGGCUUGUGUUGGUUGCGGUCCCUCUCUCUGUCUCUCAUAUUUGGACUGGGAGGACGGUGCAUGGUGCAGGCAGGGCACUGAUGGAGACUGGCUCCUGCAAAAGGGCUGUAUCAUCAAUAUUAUCUACUUCCUCCUCCUCUUCUUCUUCUCCCGCUUUACCUGCAUGUCUUGAUAAGUGCUGACUGAUGUGCUCCGGCUAUAGUAUCUCUGUGCUCUUCAGUUUUGAUUUUUUUGGUUCCUUUGUUAUGUUUCACAGGCAUUGUUGUACUUACUGGUAGUUGAACUGUUUUUAGAAAUGAGCUUCAGGGGACUUGUUACUCAAGUAAUUACAGUAUUGAUGAUUCUGUGAUUCAGCUCUCUACUCAUCCAAAAUAUAUAUGAGAACAGCAUAGCUUUACUAUCAACACUGCAUUGUAGAGUUGUAUUUUCCAUUGUAACCUUUAACAUACCAUGUAAAAAUGUAAAUAAUACAAGCCUGGAGCCUAAAAUAUUGACAGUAUUACUGAAACAAUGACUUAUUCCAAGUAAGUUUAAAGAAAAGUUUGAGACAUGACAAUAGGACAGGACAAGGAUACUAGGAGCAUAGAAUGUGAAGGUCUGUUCAGGUACAGUGUUGACCUGCCCCACCUUACUGUGGACCAGUCUUCUUUAAACCCCCUGUACUGUACUCUACCACCAUACCCAGGGCCUAGAUCUCUCUUUCUGUUCUGUGCCUCGUUUAUUUUAUUUCCGUUAAUGUUUUGGAAUGACCGCACAAUUGAAUAGGAGCUAGUCUUUCCCCCACUCCCAUUAUGUCUCACUGAUUUUAAACCCCCUUCUCCUUCUCUCCUCUCCACUCCUUUCUUCCUCUCCUCUCUCUCCCUAACUGAUUUGAUAGCUGUGUGUGGCUUUGAAGCAGCUUGUCCAGAGACCUGUGGUGUUUAGUGUGUCCCGGCCUAACUGUUUCUGUCUCUGUGCUGUUUUACCUUCUUAUAGGGUCCACACUGAAACGACUAUGUCUAGGCAAAGAGCGCAGUAGUAGUAACUAUCUCAUUUACUUUCUUCUUUCUCUGUCUUCGCUCUUUUUUUCUGUUUGCAUGAGCACCCGUUUAUAUUCACGUGUUGAGUUUGGCACCGGAAAUAAAACAUGGCAGAUGUUGUUGAAAAUGUUGGGCACUGUUGCACAAGGAGUGUCACCAUAGAUUGAUUUGAAUCGUUUUUUGUAUUUGGUAGUGCAUGGCAGUGUUUGGCCUAAAUGUCAGUGCGCUGAACAAUGUGACUUGGUUGUUUGUAUUAGCGUUAAUGGUUUCUGUUUGUCUUACUGUGGUGGAUCGGUUGGGUGGGUGGGUGGUUGGGAUUCAACCAUGCUGUAAUCCUUUGGCUGCUAGGUUUGAGGAAAGAAAUAACAUUUGCUGACCAGUAAAAUGAGAUCACAUUUCAACUUUCUCCAGAAAACGAUUACCAAUCAAAGGGACCUUUUUGAGGUCCACUGAAAAACAAAGAAACCAAUUGUAGUUGGCCUAUUUGAUAUUUGAGUAAAUAUACAGGCUGAAGGUAGUUAAAAGUGCCAUAAUGGACAACUGUAAAAGGCCUAACAAACAGCAGCCAAUCGAUUCCAUCAGUAGGGUCUAACUGGGCAGAGUUUACAAAUAUUUCUGUUCUAGGGUCUUCUCACGGCGCCAGUGCAACUCAGACAGUGUCCAAUCAGCAACAGCCACCAGCUGUUCCCACCCCUUCAUCAUCUCCUCAACCAAUGGCGGCGCUAGCUCAGGUCCAGACGAACAACAGCAACAACAAGAAGCCAGGCACCUUCACGGAUGACCUGCACAAGCUGGUAGAUGAUUGGACGAAGGAGACGCUGGCGGCCAAUCAGCCACGGCCCUCUCUGAACCAGAUCAAACAGCAGAGACGCAGGCAGGACCUGGAGGUCCGAGCCACGCCCCUGGGAGGAGCCACACAGGAGGUAAAUGGCAUAGAAAAACACAUCAAAAGUCUGAAGAAGAGUAUCACCAGUGUGAUAAAACACUUUUGGAAGUUGCAGCUUACCUCGCUCUCUUUUACAUUUUCAUGCGAAAAACAGUUGACAAAAGUCCAUGUACACAAUGUUAAACAUCCCCUUUUGGUUCUUCCAGGUGAGAUGUGCCAUCCUUCCAAACAAGUUCCAGCUGCCUCUGUCCUGCCCGCUGACAGCUGUAGGCCCAGCCAUGCCCACUGACCUGGGCUCCAACCCCUCUGCCAUGCUCCAGCCCGGGUACCUGGUACCAGCAGGUCCUUUUGGAGGGGUUGUGCCCGGCCCCCUGUACCCCCAGCAGUGGUCUAGUAUGUCCAGCCCUGUGGGGAUGAUGGGGGCAACGGGAGGGAUGCCCUACCCCACCAUGGCCAACCCAGGGUUGCAGGCAUACCCCCUUACCCUGCACAGCCCUGAGAACGGCCUUAACACCAGGACUACCUAAUGUGACAGACAGCACUUUCCUGCACCGAGUAAACCCCCACCCCAUCGCACCUGACGCUUAAAACAGACUGCCCCCGACUUUCCCCUCUAUCCCAGCACCCUCACAUCAGGACUGUCUAACUAACAGGUCUUACCUAAUUCUGUGCUGAUAACCUAACUCCACUCUGUCCCCCCUGGUUCUCACUCAAGGGUUACAAUUGUAAUGAAAUCAAACUCUAAUCACUUUUAAUGGGGUGAUGGGCCAGAAAAUAGAAUAAAGUAGGGUCUACACAUUUAGAUGCACCAACAAAUGGCUUAUGGGUCGUUCCACCUCAAAGCACAAGAAAGAGGAUUUCGACAACCACCAUCUCAGAUUGUGCUAAAAUAAUUUAUGUAGUUAGAAACGGAUAAGAUUAGCAUUCCUGAAACAUUUAGUUGAAGUAUAAUUUGAUCUCUGAGAAAUUAAGCUAAUUAAUUGCACACAAAUUGGCCAUUUUAAUGUAUAGGAUUAAUAUCAUCUUCAAUAAAUAUAGGAGCUAACAUCUGAUUUGGACCAUAAUUAUUCCUAACAAUGAGUUAGACAUGAGGAAUCCAAUAAGAUUAUCGAAGGCCACCCACGGACCCCCCACAUCCCACCCCAACAACCAGUAUACCCUAUCAGUUCUCUAUGUCUGACAAGUAGUAUGGAGCUGUGGCUUGGAUUAUUGCUUCUUCAUCCUAUGUAAUUUAUUAUUCCCUGUGAAUCUAUUGUUUUUUUCCCCUGCAGAGAAAUGUGCCUUUUGAAGUUGCCUGCAUUAUUUACCAUAAAUUAGUGUGAAAGUACCAGGUUUUGCUCUCUAGAUCCAACUGUUCCUGUUACAGCCACACCCUUUUAUCAAUUUCACUGGUAUUUAGUGUUUAUUAAAAGGAUCACAACAUUUUCUUUGCAACUUUGGGUAGAAAACCAAAAGCUUUUGCUUAUGAUGAAAAUAAAUUAUGUGGUCAUCCUCACAAUUCAAGCCAGUCCUCCAUGAAAGCAAUUCAGUUUGUCCUUGUUUUCGGCUUAAUAUGUGUCCAGGAAACGGCACCUCAGUGUGUGGUUUAUUCCCUUCCAAAAAGGUCUGGAUUAGUUACUUGUGAACAAGCAAACCAUUAGGCUACAGCAGUUGUAAAGGAUUUCAAUGUUAUGGUCUCUAAUGGUCUUCAAUAGUAAAAGUGCCAAACACACUGUAUAGUGUUUUGCAAUGUUAAUGGUGUUGCAUUUAAUGGAAAUGUCACUUAUCACACUACAUAUAGAGAUGUUUUCUAAUAAUUGUAUUGAAAAGCAUACGACUGCCAUGCAAUGGUUUAUAAUUGUAUUAUUUUAUUAGAGUUGUGACAUUUGUCACUAGACCAUUUCUCCAUCAGUUUCUGCCUUGUAGGAAAAGUCUUCAUAUGAGAAUUGCACCACAGGGAUAGCCCUCUGAGAGCUGACAUUUGUUGGACUAUUUAAGGAGAGCUUGGUUGAAGCAUUAGGUUGCUGAGAGAAAGACAAACUGAAUUGCUUUCAUGGAGGACUGGCUUGACUUAUUUUCAUCAUGAGCAAAAGCUGUUGGUUUUCUAUCUAAAGUUGCAAAGAAAAUGUUGUGAUCCAUUUUAUAAAAACAAGACACCAGAAAAUUGAUAAAAGGGUGUGGCAGGAGCAGGAAUAGUGGCAUCUAGUGGGCAAAACCUGGUACUUUCACACUAAUUUAUUACAUUUACAUUUUAGUCAUUUAGCAGACGCUCUUAUCCAGAGCGACUUACAGUUAGUGAGUGCAUACAUUAAAAAAAAAUUUUUUUUCUCAUACUGGCCCCCUGUGGGAAUCGAACCCACAACCCUGGCGUUGCAAGCGCCAUGCUCUACCAACUUAGCUACACGGGGCCCAUGGUAAAUAAUGCAAGCAAUGGCUAAUUUCUCUGCAGGGAAAAAAACCCACCAGAUUCACAGGGAAUACAUUACAUAGGAUGAAGAAGCAAUACUCCAAGCCGCAGCUCAAUACUACUUGUCAGACAUAGAGAACUGAUGCUGUAUACUGGGUGGGAUUGGUGUGGGGGGUCUGUGGGUAGCUUUUGACCAUUUUAUUGGAUUCCUCAUGUCUUACUCAAGACGUUUGACCCAAAUCGGAUGUUGGGUACUAUGUAUUGAAUAUUAUGUGAAUCCUAUAAAUUAAAAGGGCCAAUUUGGGUGUAAUCAAUUAGCUUAAUUUCUCAGAAAUUUCAACAAAGUUGCAGGAAUGCCAAUCUUAUCUGUUUCUAACUACAGAAACGAUUUCAGAACAAUCUGAGAUAAUGGUGUCAUGGCUUUGCUGAAAUGACAUAGAACGACUCUUAUGUGUUGGAGUACACAUAAGUGUGUCUGAAUACUGGCCCCUACUUGACUGUACUACUCAACCCCUCCAGUGUUCCUAUAUGCAGGAUAGUCCUGCCGCACUCUGCUCUGAUUAUCUGGUCUGAUGCUUUAUCAAAGAGCAACAUGCAUGUACAUAACCUGUGAGCUUGUAAAUCUCCAGUGUGCUGGUAGAUAUACUUUAUACAGCACCUGAAGUUUUCCUGUGCGUGCGUGCGCACAGUAUAAAUGUCCUUUAGUGUGUGUGUCGGAGUACCUACUGCUUUUGGCUUUGGUCUUGACUUAACUCACAGCCAUACAAAUAAUAUUAGCAGUCACCAAUAUGAUGUUUUCACCAAAUCCGUCAUAACCAAUAAGCAGUCAUGUUUUCAGAUUGCUUUUUAUCGUUUACUAACAAUUUGUCAACCUUAAUACACUACAUUAGAAAUCAAAAUACAAGGGUUUAAGAUGACAGGAUACCUGUAUUUAAGGUGAAGUUCUCUGGAGGAGUGUAGUGCCUUGAACAUUGUUUUUUCUGUGAAACGAAGCAUGUCCAAAUACAAUAGAUUUUAUUUCAUGGUGGCUCGAGUGCCACUUCUGAAUUGCAGACACUUUUUAUUUUCUUGUUGGUUUACAUUUGAAUGCCCUUAUAGCGCUGCACUAUUAACACAGUAUAAGCUUUUAUUUGAGUAAUAAAAUCAUGUUUUUAAUCUUUGUUUACUCCACCCCUGUGAAAUUUAGAACGCCAUAGAGGUGAAAUGUACAGUUGCCUUGUGAGAACAGGCAGUUGAUGUAGCUACAGUUAAUAAAAGAGAGUAAAACAUAAAAUAAAAGUCAAAACCCACUCAUUGGGCAAUGGGUAGUGUCAUAGGCAUAGUUAGAAUUCCUAGAAUUAACAUUCCUAUUCAAGUCAACGUUCCCCAAUGGAUGGACAAAUUGAAUUCUCAUUCUAUAUUUGUAGGUCUGUUUUUUGAGGGGAGCCAGUAGUGUCCAGCUCAGAAUGUAGCAGAGAGGCAGGUUUGCCGAGCAAGUCUUAAAGUGCAAUUUCACCCAUCCACCUAGCUUUCGUAGUGGCCUUGCCACAAGCCUUACCCAGGAACCUGCAACGGGAGCUAGUUUCUUUUGUUGCCUUUUUAGUUCAACGUAAGUUACAAAUCACAAAGAAAACACUAACAGCAUUUACAACUGCAAAAUAUUUUCUGUUGGGCCAAGAACAUGGCUCUCCUAUUAUUAUGCACAUCAUGUGAUUUAUUUAGUGCAAUCGCCAGUUAUUAUUUACUUGUCUAAAGUAUUGUCAUUGUUUUGUGUUUCUUGAGCUUGAUGUCAAUGCUGCUAGUGUGUCUGUGGUGGAUCCAUUAAGUAGGAAAGGAGUUGUUAGGAUGUGUGUUAUCUGGUCGUGGUACUUGAUAACACGACACACAAGAUAAUACGCAUCCCUCCAGUAAUAAAUACAAUUUUCAGAUGGUGAGUUUUCUCAAUAAGAUGUUCAUGUGAAGCAGUGUUAUUAUAUUGCCUUGUUGAAAUUAUUAAUAAACUAUGUAUCAUUUCCCAGGUGGUUGUUGAUGAUACCCUGGCUUUCUUUUCUUUGUUUAUGGUUUUGAGUGUUUGAUUCCUCUGUUCAGAAUGAAACAUGCUAAAUGCAGAUGGAUACUUGAUUGGGGAGAAUUGCACAUGGCAUGACCUGUGUUCUAACCAUAGACUGUAUAAAAUGGGUUCCAACCUGUAAAAAUAUGAUGAUAAUAAAAAUAAUAUAUGCCAUUUACAGACGCUUUUAUCCAAACCAACUAAGUCAUGCGCGCAUACAUUUUUAUGUAUGAGUGGUCCCGGGAAUCGAACCCACUAUACCUGUACAUAAUGGGAUGAACCUCCCCCUUAUCCUCCUGACUACUGAAGAGCAGUCCAACUGUUCAAAUAUUUUCCAUUCAGCAAGAUUAUUAUACUGCCUGUUAGAAAUCUCACAACCAUCACACCAGUUAAAGGUUGCAGCACUCCAGUCCUGCCAAGCUGUGAAUUGUACAGUUUUCCUGUAAUUAGUAUUUCUACAUUUUCUUUGUCUGUUUUGGGAUUUCACAUCAGUGUUUGUUAUUCCAUCAAUUCGGUUUGAAUUGGACUUUUAUAGGAUAUUAUGCAGAGUCUUCUGCUUUGGUGAAAUACUUCUAGUAGUGAGAGAUUUCUGUUCUCUGUUCUCUGUUACUUGUAUCUGACAGUAAUGCUACACCUCCCUGUCUGUUAUGCUUAGUGAGCAGAUUUGGGAAUACCUCUGUUGGAAUAUUCACUGGGAGGCAACAUUCAGAUCCAUAGAAAUGGAUUGUAUAGAGCAGAUACGAUUAUCUGAGGAAUAGAGAACUGUGCCUCUUCUGAUCAUUGCUUUCUAUCAGUUCUGAGCAACAUUGCCUCCUAUUGAAUAUGCCCCCCCCCCCCCCCCAUUGAAGGCUUGCAAUAAAGCUCUGCGUGGGAUUGCGUCUGCCUGCUGUGCAUUUCCCACUAUAUUACCUUACCAACCCAGUCAGCCGCACUCUAAUCACAAAGACUGUACCUGUUUAAAGAGAAAUAAACAUUAUUUUGUGCUUGAUGAUGUCUCCUCCUUUAUUCCUCUAGAAUCUAUAUCUAUUAAAUUUAACUCUUUCAGGCUGUUUUUAUUGAGUAAAGAUUAAUCCUAUAUUACUGUACAGAUGUGAUCAAUUAUUGCGUUCCCUUCUUACCCUCCAUCAUUAACACUUUAUUGGGGAAAAUGCACUAUGUUAUGCGCAUUGCUUAUUUUCACAGGUUCUGGGUGGUGAUUUGUCCAUCUGACGCACCAGCCGUUUUCGUCUGCAUUGUGUAAACCAUUCCACUUCAAAUCCUUGACCAAUGACUUCAAUUCAUUGAUGUUAAUUACACUGAACAAAAAUAUAAAUGCAACAUGCAGCAAUUUCAAAGAUUUUACUCCGUUACAGUACAUAUAAGGAAAUCAGUCAAUUGAAAUGAAUUCAUUAGGCAAUAAUGUAAGGAUUUCACAUUACUGGAAAUACAGAUAUGCAUCUGUUUGUCACAGAUACCUUAAAAAAAUAAAAGGUAGGGGUGUGGACCAGAAAACCAGUCUGUAUCUGGUGUGACCACCAUUUGCCUCCUGCAGCGCGAUACAUCUCCUUCGCAUAGAGUUGAUCAGGCUGUUGAUUGUGGCCUGUGGAAUGUUGUCCCACUCCUCUGUGCGAAGUUGCUGGAUAUUGGCGGGAACUGGAACAUGCUGUCGUACACAUCAAUCCAGAGCAUCCCAAACGUGCUCAUUGGGUGACAUGUCUGGUGAGUAUGCAGCCAUGGAAGAACUAGGACAUUUUUAGCUUCCAGGAAUUCUCUAAAACAACGUUGGAGGCGGCUUAUGGUAGAGAAAUAAACAUUCAAUUUUCUGACAACAGCUCUGGUGGACAUUCCUGCAGUCAGCAUGCCAAUUUCAUGCUCCCUCAAAACUUGAGACAUCUGUGGUAUUGUAUUGUGUGACAAAACUGCACAUUUUAGAGUGGCCUUUUAUUGUCCCGAGCACAAGGUGCACCUGUGUAAUGAUCAUGCUGUUUAAUAAGCUUCUUGAUAUGCCAUACCUGUCAGGUGGAUGUAUUAUCUUGGCAAAGGAGAAAUGCUCACUAACAGGGAUGUAAACAAAUGUGUGCACAACAUUUGAGAGAAAUAAGCUUGCAUAUGGAAAAGUUCUGGGAUCUUUUAUUUCAGCUCAUGAAACAUGGGACCAACACUUUACAUUUAUUUAUUUUAUUAUUAUUUUUUUCACCAAAGAAAACAAGUGAUAGACACAAUACAGAUUUUAAAAAAUGUAAUUACAUUUAACGGUGUGCAGGUGUGGUUGGAAGCCUUGUAAAAAUCACACCACAAAAAAACUAUAUCAAAUACAAAAAUAAAUACAAUACAUCAGUAUAUUUCUAGGCCUGAUUAUCUUUCAUCUAGAAAAGAAAGAGUGGCGCAGUGGUCAAAGGCACUGCAUCGCAGUGCUAGCUGUGCCACUAGAGAUCCUGGUUCGAAUCCAGGCUCUGUCGUAGCCGGCCGCGACCGGGAGACCCAUGGGGCGGCGCAAGGUAGGGGAGAGAAUGGCCGGCAGGGAUGUAGCUCAGUUGGUAGAGCAUGGUGUUUACAACGCCAGGGUUGUGGGUUCGAUUCCCACGGGGGGGCAGUAUGAAGGGGAAAAAAAAUUAUAUAUAAUGUAUGCCCUCAGUAACUGUAAGUCGCUCUGGAUAAGAGCGUCUGCUAAAUGACUAAAAUGUAAAUGAGUCUGUUCAAAUUGACCUCCAAUGAAAAUUCAGUCCACCUCCACUUUUUGAUUGUAUGACAUGUUUUUUGUAUUAGCACCAUGAUAAAAUUACAUUUGGCCUACAUUACUACUGUAUAAAUGUCAAAUUACCGUAAUCACAAUAGAUUAUUGGCAUUAGGCCUAUAACAAACAGACAUAGCCUAUAGUGAACAAUUAAAAUCUACAUUUGACUGUAUAACUAUAUAUAUUUUUUUUUUAUUCAUUUGACAGGCUAUAAUGAUCAAAUAAUCAAUUUCAAACCUACCCGGCACGUUUUCAUAUUCAAAUUUAUGGCGCAAACCCUCCAUACAUGAUUCACGUUUCCAUAUUGGCAGAUUCGCAAAUUACAAAAAUAAAAAAACAUAAUGAUCUUAGACGUUUUCAUAAAAUGUAAUGCAGCCUAUUUUAUCCGUAUGUUUUUCGUCUUUGGACAUUCUUUAUAGUGCAUAUUUAUCCAGAUGUAUAUUAAAAGAUGUGAAACUGAUAGUUAGAUUCGCCACACAGACAAAUAACAACAAAAGGAACCAAAUUACAUUUAACGGUGAAAAUGUGACGCCACUUCACUAGGCGUCCAUUGACUUCAGAAUUACACCUUCCUCAAACACCAAAGAAUGGUACACAUCGAAAUUAGAGCCUUAUUUCGACAAAUACACCAUAGAACAAAUCCUUCUCUAUUUGACGAAAGUGCCCACACGCGCCUGUGGCGUACAGCAGUGGCUGCACCUUUUGUUCGCUGGAGUUCCUGAAUUAUUCCCAUCACAAUGAAAUUACUAGGAUAUUGUGUUGUUGUGUAAACCAUUGACCCCACAUUUCUUGUGAUUAGAUAGGGUUUUAUAUAAUUAAUAAAUCGAUCUGCAAUCGUCCCAUUUACUGAGCUGUAGUGAGAGAUUUUGCAGAACGCAAGCUUGAGGAGCCCUGAGCAGUAAGUGUUUAUUAAUUCAGAGCUACAUUGGCUAUGUAUUCGUGGUGUCUAGAGAGAAAUAGGUUAACAUUUGUAAGGUGUUUUAUUAAUUGUUUUAAUUGCAAUGUAUUUGUGCUUUGAUUUAUGUUACAAUUUGCUUUUCGAAUCGUUUCUUAUCCUAUGUCGCUAGCGACACAAGAAGACCCAGGAUUCUGAGUUCUACAUUAUCAUAAGUAUGAUAUAUUUAUCUUUCCCUGUAAGUAAAUGUAAUUCCCCUAGAACGACAUUGUUGACUAAGGAAAUGGUUUUGCUUUAGUUACAUUAAUAGGUUGCGAUCAGGUAACACAGGGUGUUAUUUUGUAGUGGCUUGGUUGAUCAGGGUGAGGUCUAAACCAUGUGGAGGGAAACAUUGUAUCAAGCUGAUACAUCAUUUGAGCUGUUACAUUGUAUCACCUCGGGUUGUUGUCACCCGUAAGAAUGGUUACAAUGUUACUCAGGCUUCUAUAGAUACACAUGUAUCAUUUUGCUGCAAACUAGCAACAAUGGUUGCAAUCUAGUGGAUAUGGCUAUCUGGUUGCACUUGCAAGCUAGUUGCUACAUAUUUCCUUGGAUCUUUGAGCACGUGAAUAGAACAACAUGAUAUUACGCUAUCCAAAUGAAUACAGGGGCUAAACAUUCGAUCGAUCAAGAGUCAUUCAUAUGAUUUAUUAUCUUAUACGUUGAUUAGCUUGCCAGAGUUUUAUCUGGUACUUCUGGUAAAUAUGUUUUUCCAGUGAGAGUGGAGGCUAUGGGCAGGUGUUUAGAAGUCUGUUUUUUUAUUUAUAUAACGCAUCUGGUCGAAUCAACCUUGAAUUUAUCCGUUAUCUGUAAUCCAACAUUCCAAACGUGUAAAUUAUCUCGGCUGUCAAAUCGAUCCGGUUACUAACUAUCUAGCUAGCUUUUUGUGUCUUCAGUUUAAGAUUUUAAUCAAUAUUUUAUUCGAAAACAUUGUUACUUGUAACGGUAAGUAAGCAGUAUGAUGAGCAAUGUUGCAAGUAAAAUAUAAUUUGCAUUGAUUUAGCUAGCAAGAAAAAUGGUCAGAUGCAGCUGUCGUUGCCAUGGUAAAGUUGACAGCUAUCCAGCCACGUGCCUGCUGUUUGCAGGGUUUUGUUUCCUUGAAAUCAGCAAGACAACAUGGAAUAGCUUUUAGGAUUCCAAAGGGCUAAAGGCAAUGGACACAACUUUGUUGUUUUCAACAUAGACUGACUACUAUAUUGACAUAAUACCCACUGGCAUGUCUGUGUUUCAAUUAAUGUUGGAGUGAGAGAUGCCAACAUUUAUUUAGUGCAAAUUUACACCCUCCCCCCCUCUGUGUCUCAGAUGUAAGCUUGAACAGCUCCUGUCCCAGCAGUGGCCAUCGGCACAAUGGGGCUGGACUUUGACGUGAAGACUUUCUGCCACAACCUCCGAGCCACCAAGCCCCCUUACGAGUGCCCCGUGGAGACCUGUCGCAAGGUCUACAAGAGCUACAGCGGCAUCGAGUACCACCUCUACCACUACGACCAUGACAACCCCAUGCCCGCACAGGGCAUGCCCCAGAAGAAGAGGAAGGGGCGCCCCCCUCGGGUGUCCCUGGUGGGGACCGGGGACGGGGAGGGAGGGGUGGGAAAGGGAUGUGGGCCAGGGCAGGGAGGGAACACCCCUGGGAGUCCUAACCAGUCAGAGCACUCCCACUCCCCAGGCAGAGAGACAAUGACAUAUGCCCAGGCCCAGCGCAUGGUGGAGCUGGAGAUCCAUGGACGCAUCCACCGCAUCAGCAUCUUUGAGAACAUUGACGUCGUGUCGGAGGACGACAGCGGGGCAGAGGACCCUCCGUCCUCGGGCGGAAGUGGGGGAGGGGCGUGUAAUGGGGGUGACAGCGGGGGAGGAGGGAGUGAGGUGGGGGGCAACGGCAAGGACAGGCCAGAUACCCCUGCUGCUAACGGGGGUAAGGCCACACCCAAGUCUGGGAAGCACAAGAGUAAAGAGAAAAAGAAGGAGGGAUCGUCGCACCACCACAGCACUUCCUCUGGCCCGGCGGUCAAACUGCCUGAGGUGGUGUACAGAGAGCUUGACCAGGAGAGGCCCGACGCUCCCACACGACACACAUCCUACUACAGGUCAGUCACAGUACCACACGACACUCAUCCUAUUACAGGUCAGUCACAGUACCACAUGACACUCAUCCUAUUACAGGUCAGUCACAGUACCACACGACACUCAUCCCAUUACAGGUCAGUCACAGUACCACACGACACUCAUCCUAUUACAGGUCAGUCACAGUACCACACGGCACUCAUCCUAUUACAGGUCAGUCACAGUACCACACGACACUCAUCCUAUUACAGGUCAGUUACAGUACCACACGACACACAUCCUACUACAGGUCAGUCACAGUACCACACGACACUCAUCCUAUUACAGGUCAGUCACAGUACCACACGACACUCAUCCUAUUACAGGUCAGUCACAGUACCACACGGCACUCAUCCUAUUACAGGUCAGUCACAGUACCACACGACACUCAUCCUACUACAGGUCAGUCACAGUACCACAUGACACUCAUCCUACUACAGGUCAGUCACAGUGCCCCACGACACUCAUCCUAUCACAGGUCAGUCACAGUACCACACAACACUCAUCCUACUACAGGUCAGUCAGUCAGUUAGUCCUCUGUAGCUUAGUUGGUAGAGCAUGGCUCUUGCAACACCAGGAUAGUGGGUUCGAUUCCCGGGACCACCCAUACUUAAACAAUGUAUGCACUCAUGACUGUAAGUCGCUUUGGAUAAAAGCAUCUGCUAAAUGGCAUAUAUUAUCAUAUUAUAGUCAGUCACAGUACCCUGCCUCAGCUGGUGGUAUUGGAGGUCUCAAUUUCCAUACUCUCUCACUCCAUUCUUCUCUGCUCUCUCUCUCCCCCCACACUUUCCUCUCCCUCAGGUACAUAGAUAAGUCGGUGGAGGAGCUGGAUGAGGAGGUGGAGUAUGACAUUGAUGAGGAGGACUAUAUCUGGCUGGACAUCAUGAAUGACAAGCGGCGUAGUGACGGGGUGACGCCCAUCCCCCAGGAAGUGUUUGAGUACCUCAUGGACCGGCUGGAGAAGGAGUCCUACUUCGAGAGCCACAACAAGGUGACACACUAGAUUCUCUCUCUCUCUCUCUCUCUCUCUCUCUCUCUCUCUCUCUCUCUCUCUCUCUGUCUCUCUCUCUCUGUCUCGCUCUCUCUGUGACAGCUUUUGUGUCAGUCCAGCUUUCCAGACAUGUGAUGUUGACUUGCUUUAUCUGUCACCUUCUGUUGGGUGUGUAGUGUACUGUACUGAGUGAGCAGUAGGAUGUAAAACGGCAUUAGCUGUGUGAGUCUGUUCCCCUAAAUAGUUAUCCCCUUACUUACCCUCUGGUCCAUUUUCUUCUCCCACUUUCCCCUCCUCUUCCAGACGGACCCCAGCGCCCUGAUCGACGAGGACGCCGUCUGCUGCAUCUGUAACGACGGCGAGUGUCAGAACAGCAACGUGAUCCUGUUCUGUGACAUGUGUAACCUGGCCGUGCACCAGGAGUGUUACGGCGUGCCCUACAUCCCUGAGGGCCAGUGGCUGUGUCGCCGCUGCCUCCAGUCCCCCAGCCGCGCCGUCGACUGUGCCCUAUGCCCCAACAAGGGUGGGGCCUUUAAACAGACGGACGACGCACGCUGGGCCCACGUGGUGUGUGCACUCUGGAUCCCCGAGGUAAGAGUGUGUGUGAGGGUAGGAGUGUGUGCAACGGUAGGAGUGUGUGUGUGUGUGAGGGUAGGAGUGUGUGUGUGUGUGUGUGUGUGUGUGAGGGUAGGAGAGUGUGUGCAUGCUGUGCUUGUAUGUAUCAACAAAGUUUUGAUGCUGUGCAUGUCUGUAUCUAGUCUGUCCUGUUGACAGUCCUGUUGUACUGAAUGUGGCUGAUCUCCUCACCCCUUUCUCCCUCUCCUUCUCUCUCCCCAGGUGUGUUUUGCCAACACAGUCUUCCUGGAGCCCAUCGACAGCAUCGAGCACAUCCCCCCGGCGCGCUGGAAGCUCACCUGCUACAUCUGCAAGCAGCGCGGCUCAGGGGCCUGCAUCCAGUGCCACAAGGCCAACUGCUACACAGCCUUCCACGUCACCUGUGCCCAGCAGGCCGGCCUCUACAUGAAGAUGGAGCCCGUCAGGGAGACCGGCGCCAACGGCACCUCAUUCAGCGUCCGCAAGACCGCCUACUGCGACAUCCACACCCCGCCCGGCUUAGCACGCCCCCUCGGGGGGGUGGGAGGGACUAGCAUGGGCUCCUCCCACAGUGAAGGCGAGCUGGAGGAAGACGAUGAGCCCAGUAUAGGUCACGAUGACGACACCAAGGGCUGGAGCUCAGAGCGGGCCAAGAGGGCCAAGGCCAAGUCCAGACUGAAGAUGAAGAGAGCUAGGAAGAUACUGGCUGAGAAGAGGAACGCCGCGCCCGUGGUGUCUGUGCCCUGUAUACCCCCACACAGGUACACACUCACUCACUCUCUCUCUCAUACACACACACACACACACACACACACACACACACACACACACACACACACACAUACUCAUACUCACUGCAGACACAAAGGCAUACAGAUUCAGACUUCACAUACUCUCCCAGUCUCGUCAGUCCUACCAUCUCCCCUGUGUGUUCCUCCCCAGGCUCAGUAAGAUCACCAGUAACCUGACAGUGCCCAGGAAGAGCCAGUUUAUGCAGCGACUGCACAGUUACUGGACCCUGAAGAGGCAGAGCCGGAAUGGCGUCCCUCUGCUGCGCCGGCUCCAGACCCACCUGCAGUCACAGCGCAACACGGAGCAGCUACAGCCGCAGGCGCCACAGUCACAGGUUCCCACGGUAACCACCACACAGGCUCUGUCUGGUGUUGUUAUCACAGCGGUAGGGAGAAUACUACUGGAAGCUCUGCAUGUGUUUGGACUGAAGUGUGCCGGCUUUUCAGAGAGAGAAGGAAAGAGGGAGUGUGUGCUCUGUUUAUGUAAAUGAUAGGGUUGCAUUGUCUCAGGCGAUUGCUUUGUUUGAUUCUGCUGUGAUGUAGUGGGUGUGGUGCUGCAUCCUGAUGAACUGUGUAGGCUUACUGGUGUGUAACACUACCAAACUAACCAGUUUGUGUCUUUGUGUGCAUUUAUUUUGUGUGUGUGUGUGUAUUUGUGUGUGUUACAUUGCCAAUCUAACAUGUGUGUGUGUUGGGGCCCCAGAAGGACAGUGAGGAGAAUAACUUGGCUCUGAAGGAGCAGCUGAAGGCAUGGCAGAGACUGAGACAUGACCUGGAGAGAGCCAGACUACUGGUGGAGCUCAUCCGCAAGAGAGAGAAGCUCAAAAGGGAGACGGUGAGACACACACACACUACUCACAUCCAUACUUCAAGCAUAUCUUUGAAUAUUGACACACAAACACACACUUGACAUCUUGCAGUUUGCACAGUGAGCAGGUGUGCUUAGAGUCUGUUCUGAUGUUGAUCUGUGUGUGUGUUCAGAUCAAGGUGCAGCAGAUGGCGCUAGAGAUGCAGCUGACUCCCUUCUUGGUCCUGCUGAGGAACACACUGGAACAGCUCCAGGACAGAGACACCAGCAACUUCUUCACUGAGCCUGUCCCCCUGGCUGAGGUAACACACACACUUUUUUGGGGGAAAACUCUGACACCCCUUUGUGUUAUCUCACACACACUGUGGCUGGUGGGGUUUAACCCCUAACCUCUCUCUCUCCUCAGGUGCCAGACUACCUGGACCACAUCGAGAGGCCAAUGGACUUCCAGACCAUGUGGAACCUACUAGAGGCUCACUGCUACCUCAGCUUCGAAUCCUUUGAGGCAGACUUCGGCCUCAUCGUCAACAAUUGCCUCAAAUACAACGCCAAGGACACAGUGUUCUACCGCGCUGCUCUGCGCCUCCGGGAGAUGGGUGGGGCCGUGAUCAGGACCGCUCGCAGACAGGCCGAGCGAAUCGGCUUGGACUAUGACACAGGUAUGCACCUCCCUCGAGAGCCCAGCCCGGACAGCCAGCGUGACAGAGAGAGAGACCGAGAGAGGGAGAGAGAGAGGGACAGGGACCGAGAACGAGAACGAGAGAGGGACCGAGACGGAGACAGGCCGCUGUCUUCCAAUGAGGAGGGUGAGUGGCUUGGAGUCCUGUUUUAUCACCAGAUGUUCUACUCCCGCCUCUCCCCCUUUCUCCCUUUCCUACAUUUGUACUCUUCCACUUAAGUUAUUAUGUUGCUGUAUAGCCGUGUGGGAUUCUGUAGUUGUGUUACAUUUCUCUCUGUUUCUUAGACCUGCUCUUACCAGAGAACCGGCGGCGGCUGCCAUUGGAGGAGCAGCUGUGUUUCCUGCAGGCGCGCUUUGAUGAGGUCAACUCGGGGAAGCACAGCAUUGGUCAGUCGCGGCGUGCCAAAGCCCUGAGGAAGGAGAUGACUGUCAUCAAGAGGAAACUUGCCCACCAGAGAGAGGGUGGCUCGGGCAUGGGGGGCAGGGACUCAGGGGGCGGGGGGGACAGGGGACCAUCCCUCCCCCAUCACCCCUCCUCCACAGGACGCCACGACGAGGGGGAAGAGAGCAGCAGUCAGGAGAUCAGUGGCAAGGGUGAGACUGAGGGGAUAUCUAAACUAAACUCAGUGUACAUGCUCCAGUAUUCAUUUACAAAUAGAUCUCACAUAGGCCUACCCAUACUGUUCAUGUCCAACUCUCAUUAUGUUAGAUAUAUGAUAUACCAUUUUCAGUCUCCCUGCUUCUCCCUCCUCUCUCUCCUUAGAUCUAAGUGCAUCAUCCUCAGCUCUAGCUCCAGAGGUGGGACGUCGUACCUCUGUCCUUUUCUCCAAGAAGAACCCCAAAAUGGCCGGACCCCCCAAGAGGCCGGGCCGUCCCCCUAAGAACAGAGACACGGGACACAGAGGGGCAGGGGUGAGCCCCAGUCCAAUAGGUCCCCCUCAGCUGGCCCUCUUGUCUCCCCCUCGGCAGAGGAAGAGACCCCACAGCAGCUCCAGCUCCGAGAGCGACAGUGACAUCGACGACCUCCUCCCGAGUAAGAGACACACACACACACACACACACAAUCAAACCAAUCACAUACACAAUCACACUAGGCCUGUAACAACAUUGUCUUUUAAUGGUUACGACUCUCUAAGGUCAGUCUAGUAACUGUAACGGUUACAACUCUCUAAGGUCAGUCUAGUAACUAACGGUUAUGACGCUGUCUCCUAGGCCUGCCCACUAACGGUUUUGGCGGGGCCAACCAGCCGGUGACGGAGAGUUUUCGGGUGUACAGAAACGAGAGGAGCCUCCCUCGAUCCAGCUCUGACUCUGAAUCCACCACUAGCAGCAGCAGUAGUGCUGCCUCUGACAGAACCAGGUCAUUAUAAUAACCACACACAGACAGACACACACAAUGGUAUUUAUACACAGCCACAUAGUCAAACACAACUACACUGUCUAUGUGCACACAUUGGGUUUAGGAUGAAUGAAGGACUCUCUUUUUGUCUCUCUCUCUCUCUCUCUCUCUCUCUGUCUCUCUCUGUGUCUGUCUCUGUGUCUCUGUCUCUCUCUCUCUCAGUACCACUCCGUCUAAGCAGGGCCGGGGGAAGCAGUCGUUCUCUCGUUCGGCCUUCCAGGAGGACAGCAGUGAGGAGACAUCAGGGACAGAGAACGACUCCUACUCUGUGGGAGGGUCACGCAGCGUCUCACACUGUGAGUGACACACAUACGACACACACAUAUAGGCAUGCAUGCACUUCUCCGUCAUUGUCGAUCUCAUCUAUCGCGCCACCUCUACCUCUCCUUUUCCCAAAGGGUGUGUGUUUAGGAGGUAUAUACAGUGCCUUCUGAAAGUAUUCAGACCCCUUGACUUUUUCCACAUUUUGUUAGGUUACAGCCGUAUUCUAAAAUGUAUUACAUUGUUUUUUUCCCUCAUCAAUCUACACACAAUACCCCAUAAUGUCAAAGCAAAAACAGAUUUGUAGAAAUGUUUGCUAAUUGAUUAUAAAUAACAAAAACGUAAAUAUAACAUUUACAUAAGUAUUCAGACCCUUUACUCUUACUUUAUUGAAGCACCUUUGGCAGCAAUUAUAGCCUCGAGUCUUCUUGGGUAUGACGCUACAAGCUUGGCACACCUGUAUUUGGGAAGUUUCUCCCAUUCUGCUCUGCAGAUCCUCUCAAGCUCUGUCAGCUUGGAUGGGGAACGUUGCUGCGCAACUAAUUUCAGGUCUCUCCAGAGAUUUUUGAUCGGGUUCAAGUCUGGCUCUGGCUGGGCCACUCAAGGACAUUCAGAGACUUGUCCUGAAGCCACUCCUGCGUUGUCUUGGCUGUGUGCUUAGGGUCGUUGUCCUGUUGGAAGGUGAACCUUCGCCCCAGUCUGAGGUCCUGAGCGCUCUGGAGCAGGUUUUCAUCGAGGAUCUCUCUGUACUUUGCUCCGUUCAUCUUUUCUUCAAUCCUGACUAGUCUCCCAGUCCCUGCCGCUGAAGAACACCCCCACAGCAUGAUGCUGCCACCACCAUGCUUCACCAUAGGGAUGGUGCCAGGUUUCCUCCAGAAGUGACACUUGGCAUUCAGGUCAAAUAGUUCAAUCUUGGUUUCAGCAGACCAGAGAAUCUUGUUUCUCAUGGUCUGAGAGUCUUUAGGUGCCUUUUGGCAAACUCCAAGCGGGCUGUCAUGUGCCUUUUUCUGUCUGGCCACUCUAUCAUAAAGGCCUGAAAGGUUCUCCCAUCUCCACAGAGGAACUCUAGAGCUCUGUCAGAGUGACCAUUGGGUUCUUGAUCACCUCCCUGAACAAGGCCCUUCUCCCCCGAUUGCUCAGUUUGGCCGGGCGGCCAGCUCUAGGAAGAAUCUUGGUGGUUCCAAAUGUCUUCCAUUUAAGAAUGAUGGAGGCCACUGUGUUCUUGGAGACCUUCAGUGCUGCAGAAUAUUUAUGGUAACCUUCCCCAAAUCUGUCUCAGAACUCUACGGACAAUUCCUUCGACCUCAUGGCUUGGUUUUUGCUCUGACAUGCACUGUCAACUGUGGGACCUUAUAUAGACAGGUGUGUGCCUUUCCAAAUCAUGUCAAAUCAAUUGAAUUUACCACAGGUGGACUCCAAUCAAGUUGUAGAAACAUCUCAAGAUUGAUCAAUGGAAACAGGAUGCACCUGAGCUAAAUUUUGAGUCUCAUAGCAAAGGGUCUGAAUACUUAUGUAAAUAAGGUAUUUCAGUUAUUAUUAUUUUGUAAAUUAGCAAAAAUGUCUAAAAACCUGUUUUCACUUUGUCAUAAUGGGGUAUUGUGUGUAUAUUUCUGAGGAUUAUAAUUGUUUUAGUCCAUUUUAGAAUAAGGCUGUAACGUAACAAAAUGUGGAAAAAGUCAAGGGGUCUCAAUACUUUCUGAAGGCAUUGUAUGUGUGUGAUUCUGAUGUAUUGUGUGUUUCUCUCAGUAGGGUGGGGCCGGGGCCGAUCAGGUUGUAGGACGCCAUCAGAUGACUACUCUUCCCUUGACGCUCUGGACCUGGUGUGGGCCAAAUGUAGAGGCUAUCCUUCAUAUCCUGCUCUGGUAAUCCAGCCAUGGAUGGACACACACACACAUUAGGAUAAACUAUGGUUGAAAUGUCCAUUCGGCCACAAGUUGCUAGUAUCUCAUACCAACCCAUACCAUAAAAGUUAAAACUAUUGUAUUUACCCGUCCUGUACCCUCCCUCUAACCCUCCCCCUCACCCCUGUAGAUCAUAGAUCCUAAGAUGCCCAGGGAGGGGGUAUUCCACAGAGGGGUUCCUAUCCCCGUGCCCCCCCUGGACGUCCUGAAGUUGGGGGAGCAGAUGACCCAAGAGGCCCGGGAACACCUCUUCCUGGUACUCUUUUUCGACAACAAGAGAACCUGGUCAGUACACUGUCUGUCUCACUCUGUCUGUCUGUCUCUGUCUCUGUCCUCUGUGUUUGUCUUUCUCUGCUCCUCGCUCUCUCUUCCCCCUCUCUCUCUCUCUCUCUCUCUCUCUCUCUCUCUCUCUCUCUCUCUCGCUCUCUCUUUCUCUCUCCUUUCCUCUCUCUCUCCUUUCCUCUCUCUCUCUCUCUCUCUCUCUCUCUCUCUUUGUUCCCACUCAUUUUCAUAUUUCCCCCCUUCUCUCUCCCAUGUGAACCUCUAUCCCUCUCACACUCUGGUAGAGAAGUGUUGAUUUGAAGGCCUCCCCAGUGGAGGCAGCGGAGAACCCAGAAUCAGAGUGUAGCAGCAAACCUCCGUCUGUAGUCAACAACGUGCAGCUCAGCAGCAUUACAUCAGUUCAGAAGGCUGUCUGCACGUAGUACAAUAGCAAAGGAAACUGUUAUUUACAUAGAAAUGCAAGAAAGAAAAGAAAAGCCAUCGCUCGCUAGCAGAAGUGGGUCAGGAGUGAUUGAAGAGGACGCUCUGAAAGAGAACAAAGAGAGAGAAAAUACACUUUGUUUUAGGUCACAACACACGAUACAACUCACAACAGUUGCUGCUGCACUGUGGAUGUGGGUGGAUAAUAAUGACCUGUGUGAGAAAGUGGAUCUAACCCUGUAUGUCCCUGUGUUUUUUAAAACCGUGUCUCUGUGUGUGUUUCUGACCCUGUGUCUCUGUGUGUGUUUCUGACCCUGUGUCUCUGUGUGUGUUUCUGACCCUGUGUCUCUGUGUGUGUUUCCGACCCUGUGUCUCUGUGUGUGUUUCCGACCCUGUGUCUCUGUGUGUGUUUCUGACCCUGUGUCUCUGUGUGUGUUUCUGACCCUGUGUCUCUGUGUGUGUUUCUGACCCUGUGUCUCUGUGUGUAUUUCUGACCCUGUGUCUCUGUGUGUGUUUCUGACCCUGUGUCUCUGUGUGUGUUUCUGACCCUGUGUCUCUGUGUGUGUUUCUGACCCUGUGUCUCUGUGUGUAUUUCUGACCCUGUGUCUCUAUGUGUAUUUCUGACCCUGUGUCUCUGUGUGUGUUUCUGACCCUGUGUUUCUGACCCUGUGUUUCUGACCCUGUGUUUCUGACCCUGUGUCUCUGUGUGUGUUUCUGACCCUGUGUCUCUGUUUGUGUUUCUGACCCUGUGUCUCUGUGUGUAUUUCUGACCUUGUGUCUCUGUGUGUGUUUCUGACCCUGUGUUUCUGACCCUGUGUCUCUGUGUGUGUUUCUGACCCUGUGUCUCUGUGUGUGUUUCUGACCCUGUGUUUCUAACCCUGUGUCUCUGUGUGUGUUUCUAACCCUGUGUUUCUGACCCUGUGUCUCUGUGUGUGUUUCUGACCCUGUGUCUCUGUGUGUGUUUCUGACCCUGUGUCUCUGUGUGUGUUUCUAACCCUGUGUCUCUGUGUGUGUUUCUAACCCUGUGUUUCUGACCCUGUGUCUCUGUGUGUGUUUCUGACCCUGUGUCUCUGUGUGUGUUUCUGACCCUGUGUCUCUGUGUGUGUUUCUGACCCUGUGUCUCUGUGUGUGUUUCUGACCCUGUGUCUCUGUGUGUGUUUCUAACCCUGUGUCUCUGUGUGUGUUUCUAACCCUGUGUCUCUGUGUGUGUUUCUGACCCUGUGUCUCUGUGUGUGUUUCUGACCCUGUGUCUCUGUGUGUGUUUCUGACCCUGUGUUUCUGUGUGUGUUUCUGACCCUGUGUCUCUGUGUGUGUUUCUAACCCUGUGUCUCUGUGUUUGUUUCUAACCCUGUGUCUCUGUCUGUAUGUCUGUCUGUCUGUAGGCAGUGGCUGCCGCGUUCUAAGCUGGUUCCUCUGGGGGUGGACCGGGAGCUGGACAAGGAGAAAAUGCUGGAGGGAAGGAAGUCCAACAUCCGCAAGUCAGUGCAGGUGGCCUACCACCGUGCCAUGCAGCACCGCAACAAGGUCCAGGGAGACCCCAGUAGCGACACCAGCGACAGCGACUGAGCACACGCACCCACAUGCACAGGAUGCACACACAGGCUGCACACUCCCGCAGAUAUGCCGAACACACACACAUAGACAGACACACAAACCAACACGUCUUUGCUGGCCAACCCCUCGUAUUGAUAGGGUAUUGGUUUCAGAUCUGUGGCCUUGGAGAGCCUAGCACCCAGCACGUAGGAGAAUAUGCCAGUAGUACCUAUUGGAAAGCACAUGCAACACCCUCUCUCCAACACACACACACAUUGUUGGCACACACAGUGGUAUUUAAUCUGAGAUGUAAAAUAUGUAUUUAAGAGAAUUGAAACAAAAAGGGUAUUAAG